CGUAAGUUGCCAGCAGCCCAAUCACAACAACCGCGUGUUGUUGACCCGCUGGACCCGCGGCAGGUGGCCGCCGCAUCCCGGAGCCAUGGCGAGCAGCGCGUCCACCACCACCACCAUCAGCAGCAUCGCGGUGCAGUCGGGCAAUACCCGGCUCGUGAUAGCCCUCCUGCAGUCUGGCGACGUCCUGGAGCUGCGCAUCCAGGAGUUGUCGCCGGAGAUGAGCGACGUGGGAAGCAACUACGAAGAGGCGCUCCACCUACAGCAGCAGCACCAGCAGGUCCUUCAGAAGCUACAGAACAAGCAGAGCCCCGUCGAGGAGCUGCUGAGCCAAGCGGAUGAGCUGAUCGCAAACCAAAAGCCCAAAGCACAGGUGUACUCAGCUAUGGCACACAACCUUGGCCUGGCGUGGAAGAACCUGAACGCCCAGUUGGAGCACCGAAGUAUCGUGCUGGAGACCGCCGUACAAUACCACGCCGCGGCCAAGAAGCUGUCCGAUGAACUGACCAAGGGUGAGCAAGAAUUCUCGGACACCGUGUUGCCAGACCAUGUUGCGGCGUGUGAAGCUCGCCUGCAGAAGCUGAAUGAAGCGCGCAAAGCCAUCCUCGAGGCAUCCAAGCGGAGCCUCCAGCCAUUCCAGAACCUGCUGCAGACGCUCAAGGAGGUAGCCAGCACGGGCGACUCGCGACCCCUGCAGCCGGCGGCCGCCCUGGCUUCCAUAGCGGCCCUCGAGAGCCAGCACGAAAAUCUCCAGGACCAGCGGCGGAAGCUGGGCCUGCUGUGCGAGGCAAGGAAAGAGGCGCUCGAGAAGCGGCUCCGAGCCCUGAUGCUGAGCAAGGAACUUGACGAGGUGGAGCGUCAACUGGACCACAGCCCCGAAGAUGCAGCCUUGGGCGAUUCCCCUGCGAGCAGCGAAAUACUUCUCCACGAGCACACGACGAGGAUCGCCUCCGCCAACGAGAAAUUGCGAGAUCGAAUGCUGAAACUGCUUAAGUCUGCCAAGCAAAUUCAAGACGCGGAGGUCGAAGCCCGCGCCUUUAACCUGAUGGCGCGCGUGACGAGCCGCAUCGAACGCGACGAGGCCCGGAAGAAGGACCUCAAGGAGGCGGUGGAAUUCUUCAACGAAGCCCAAACGGCCCUCAACAAAUUGGACCAGCUCCAAAUUCAAGUUUCCCAAGGUCCCGUUCAAGACGUGGCUGCAGCGACCGCGCUUUUGGAUGCGUGCGUCGAAAGACCUCUUCUCCUCGGCCAUGGCAUCCUGACCCGCUUGUCUGUCGGCACCAGUGGCGUUCAAGACAAGGUUGAUGAACUCCAAUGCCGGCACCUGCAAGUGAGGCAGAUGUACGAGCAAAAAGCGGCAGAUGUCGUGGAGAGCAGCGAGCGCGCAAUUAACUUCUUGACACAGUGCAAUAGUCUGUACAAGUGGUGCAUCGAGAUCGUACAGACGUUUCUGGAGCGGAAUAGCCAUCUUGACAUUGGAGCAGCAGCUGCUCACGAUUUCUUGCAAAGACACCAGAAGAUGCUAAAUGAGCUGCAAGCCAGAGAGCCACAGAUGACGAUGUUACUAGCACAGGACGAUUCAAGGUCCAAAGAGCUUCUUCAGCUAUGGCAGCACCUACGUAGCCUCCUGGAGCAACGCAUUCGAAUUGCCCAACGAUACCUGAGCUGCUGCAAACUGUCUACGGAGUUGAUGGAAGACUUGAAGACAAUAGGCGACGCCGGUCCGGAGCGGCAAGCUUCCAUCAACGAAAAUUUUAUGCAGUUUGAUCACAACGCAAACAAUUUUCUGCACGAUGCCCAAAGAAUUCAGGACACGUGCUUAGAUGUCACAAAAGCGGUGCGCCACAUCCAAGAAACACUGGACCAAUGCCAUCAGCUGAAGAACAAUCCUGGCAGUAACACGGAACAACUGAUCAAAGAUGCCCAAAAAACCAUGGAGUCGGCAGUAAAGAUCGAGUCGGAGCUGUACCCUGCCAUACCUCGGGAACUGAAUCGGGCCGAAACCAUCGCGCAGUACUUGGGACGACAUCUAGACACAUUGAUGCCUCUAGUCAGGACGAUCCAAUCAGAGUUGGAUGCGAGGAUCGAAGCGACGUCUACACUUCAGAGGAAGGAGCACCUCAUUCAGCAACUGCGUUCGACUCAACAGAGUUUUCGAAGAAACAUCUGUCAGUAUCAAGACUUGGUCAGGGCCAUGAUAAGUUUUUUUGACUACUUCGCUCAGCUGGAGAAGAAACUUCAAGAAACCCACGAAUAUGAAGCCUUACUGGCAGAGGCUAAGCAACGAGCAGAGCACUUGGCAACGUUAGUUGACAAAACUGAACCGAGCGAGGCGGCGGUGCUGGACCGCGACAAAAUCCACUCGUUGGUGGACAACCAAGGCGCGCUGCUGGUGGCCAGUCUGCGCAAGUCGCACCAAGAUUCGCAGAUGAGUAAGUUCAACGACGAGCUUCACCUGAUCAACCAGCAGGUGCGUGAGCUCACCGAUUCGCUGAAGCGAGACUCCUCAAAGUGCCACGUCGUGGAGUUCCAGCAGCGCAUUCAGUCCCUGGAACGAAGAAUCGAGGUGCUCAGUACCUCCUCCCGCCUGCAGACCGACAGCGCGCGGAUGGAACUUGAAGAGCUCACAUCUCGAUGGCGAAAUUUCCACAAGGAAGCUAUGGCAGCGCCCCCACCACAGCCGCAGCCUAUCGACAAGAAGAUGCAGGAAGUGAAAGAAGUGUGCGGACCGUCGUUCGUGGUGCCCCUGGAUGACGUUGAAGUGCAAGAAGGCGCGAAAUGCAGCCUCGUAUGCGUACUGGCCGGGCAUCCACCUCCAACGGUUCAGUGGUACAAGGAUGGUGUGUCCAUUCGCGGGAACUCGGACUACGUCACCACGAGCCAGCAACUUGAGGACGGUACGACAGAGCAGAGACUGACCAUAGAGGAAACCCUCGCCGAUGACUCAGCCAAGUUUUGCUGCAAGGCUAUCAACGCUGCGGGUCUGGCCGAGACGUCGUGCCGCCUGAGCGUCCGAGAGCAACCACGCGACAGCGCCUUGGAAGAAGUGUUCAUCGAAGCCCUGGAAGAGCACACUACGCAGACGGUCGGCGGGGUGCUGACGGAGCCGACGUUCGUGCAGCCGCUUCCGGCCAUCGCCCAGUUGCGGCCCGGCGAAGAGCUGCGCCUCGAGUGCACCGUGCAGGGCAGGCCCGAGCCGCGCGUCUCCUGGUCCAAGGACCUGCUGCCCGUGCGGGACGCCGCCAAGCCCACCCAGGAGCAAGGAAGAGCGCGGCUGCUGCUCGUUGGCGCAACCGAGGGUGACUCGGGCACCUACACGGCCGUCGCCAAAAACAAGGCCGGGGAGACGGCCUGCUCCUGCCAAGUGAAAGUGGCCGAGGACGCCCCGCCGCAAGAGCCUCCGCGAGUGCUCAAGGCUCUGGAGGACCUGGAAGUCAAGCCCGGACCGGAUCCCGUCACGCUGGAAUGCGUCAUUGUUGGGCGGCCCGAACCAGAGGUAAUUUGGUACCACAACACACAACCUAUCAAGGAGUCCGAGCGGGUGCGACUUUUGUUCCGCGGAGACAAGUGCUCGCUUUUGUUCAACGGCAUUGGCACCCAGAACGCCGGCACAUACCGCUGUUCAGCGGUUAACCCUAUGGGCAGCUGUUACACGGAGUGUAAAUUACGUGUGCCGCUCUCCGCUCCCGUGUUUCUGGAGCCUCUUAGAGAUGUGACCACGGAUGAAGGCUGCCGUGUGGUGCUCACUGCUAAGUUGUGGGCGCCGGAGCCUCCCUUCGUGCACUGGUUCAAGGAUGGCAGAGAACUGCUGCCCAGUCCAGAUUUCCAGGUCAGCCACGACCCGGACGGAACCGUGAAGCUACUGAUUCCCAAGGUGGCAGGCAACAACAGCGGCCAUUACGAAGUGGAGGCCAGCAACCCCGGAGGACGCACGCGUACAGGCUGCAGGAUGCACGUUCGCGAAUCUCAGAAGGCGGUCCAGGCGGCUACCACCACCCAGCUGGCGGUGUCGAGGACGUCGAAGCAGACCGUGUCCGUUUCCAAGAGUGGCUCGGAGCUGCGGCUAGCCCGUUCGCUGCCUUCCGAGCUGGUGGUGCAGAGUGGAACCAAGGUGUGCCUAAGCGUGGCCAGUGCGCAGCCGCCCGGUGGCCAGUUGACUGCCUCAUGGUUUCGGUCGGGUCAGCCUAUCACUGACUCACCAGACUUCCGGCUCACCCGGUCACUGGAGAACGUGGCCGGCACGUCACUGGCCGUGUUCAGUUUAACCAUCUCUGAGGCCUUCCCUGAGGACUCUGGCGACCUUGAAGUGCGCGUGCAAGGUCCUAAUGGCGUUGUGACCGCAGACACCAAGCUAGUUGUGCUUGACGAAGACGACGAAGGAACUGACAACGUGCAAAGGCGCGACGAGGGCAUCCAGCAAGCGAGCGAGGUAAAAGUGUACGAGACAAAGCUGCCUCGACCGGGGCCAGGAGACUCAACUGGCUUGGCUCUGUCGGGAGACCUGCAAAUGCGCGUGACUGAAGUGACGCAUGUGAACGAGAUGCCGCCGGAGGUGUCUGAAGAGACUACCACCAAAAUAGUGGACAAUGCAAGUGCCAAAGACAAAGUCACAGAAGAAGUUACCCGCCGAGUGACCAAGAGAGUCACUGAGAUUACCAAGACCCAAACUAAAGAGGUGAGGGGUCCCUUGGUCUACAAAUGGGAGUUUCGCAAGUAUUUCCUCCUUAUACUUGCUCGGCUCAAGGCUGGCAUGGAGACUGUCCCACAGCUGAGCACCAGUCGGGCCAGCCGCGCGGCGGGGCCCUUGGGGCGCGUCGAGCCUAUCCCGGUGGCCCCGGAGCCCAAAUUCGACAUCCUGGAGCCCAAGUACGAUGCCCCGCUGUUGGGCAGCAGGCCCAUCCGCGCGCCGUCGCCCGUGCAGCCGGAACAGAGCCGACCGUCGCUGUUCGAGCCGCUCUCGGUGCGCACCAGCUUCUGCCUAGAGACGGGCCAAUUCCAGAGUCCGCGCUCCAUCAUUCGCACCAAGACGGCCAGCCCCGUGUGGAGCCCCAAGAAGAAGGCCGUGGUAAUCGCCGAGAAUCCGGCAACUGGUCAGCGCGUGUCGGCGCCCAUCUUCCUGCAGGGUCCCGAGGACGUGUACGCGGCGCCAGGGCAGCCGGCGACGCUGCGCGCGCUCGUCACGGGCUGCCCGGCUCCGCGGCUGCGCUGGUUCAAGGACGGCCAGCCCGUGCACGGACCCGACCACGUGGUGGGUCAGCCGUCCGGUCCGGCCCCUUGGACCGCCUGGCUCAGUAUCCCCGAGGCCUUCCCCGAGGACUCGGGCGUCUACGUGUGCACGGCGUCCAACCUGGUGGGCAACACGAGCGCCUGCUGCAGGCUCACCGUCUUCGAAACCGGGAUGGUCGUGCAGCCGGCCCACACGUGGGGGCCUCCGAACGCCAGCCCGCCCACGUUUGAGCCAAUCACACAGGGCGGCGGGCUGCUGUACGAAGGAUCUGAUGCCAAGUUCCAGGUCAAAGUACACGGGAACCCACCUCCCGAGGUGGUGUUCACGCGGCGGGGCAUGCCGCUGCGCAACGACCCGAGGCGCCAGGUGACUUACGACCCGACGACAGGCAUCUGUUGCCUGCACAUUCGCAACCUGACAGCCGAGGAUGACGGCGACUACAAUUGCUCGGCCGUCAACAUUGCGGGCGAGGCCUCGCUUACCCUUACCAUCCGCGCGGCGGCGGCAGCUGUUAUGCGUGGUCAGAUGCAACAGAUGACGACAGUUCAAAGGACACAAGUCAUCGAUUCGAGGACACACGUGCAAGAUGGCGUUUCGCCGAUCCACUACUUUGCUGGUCACGACCAGACUUUCAGAGUGGACACAUUCGAGUACCGGCUCUUACGCGAAGUGGAGUUCCGCCAGUUCCUGAUAGGACGAGAGCAGGCUCCUCAACCGGCCAUUCCGGGCGCGCCCAUUUCUGCACCUCAGAUUCAGGCACGACCUCGCAACUCCAAGCUUCUGGAAGGAUCCGAUGCCACGUUCACAGUUAAAAUCGCCUCCAAUCCUCCAGCACAGGUUUAUUGGUUCCGAAACGGCGAGCGCCUUCAAGCAUCGCAGAGGGUGAUCAUGGAGCAGCAAGGCUCGACUUACAUUCUCCGCAUCCACAUGGCUCUGCCGGAAGAUGCUGGCUAUUACACAGUCCUCGCAGAAAAUAAUCAAGGCUGCGUUGCCUGCUCUGCGCACUUGGUUAUAGAAUCUAUGCCUAAGGCCGAGGAGCCAAGACAGGCAGACUCAUCCAGCUUCGUUAUGACAGAAACAUCACGAACGCUCAAGCCCAGCUUUAUCAAAAUACCUCAGGACCAGGAGGUCACCGAAGGCAAGAUGGUGCGCUUCGAUCUGCGUGUAUCGGGACGGCCAUUCCCAGACAUAGCAUGGUUGCGGAACGGGGUUCCCGUCAACGACGAUGCCACGCACAAGCUGCUGGUCAACGAAGGAGGCCAGCACGCACUCAUGAUCACGGCGGCAUCCCGGGAGGACGCUGGCACGUGGACUUGCAUCGCCAACAACAAAAGCGGCGAGUGCCGCUUUGAAGUACACCUCGUGGUCAUCGAAAAGGAGCAGGUGGUGGCACCCAAGUUCGUCGAGCGCUUCCAGUCACUGAACGUGCGCGAGGGCGAGUCUGUGACGCUGCACUGCCGUGCCGUGGGUACGCCGACACCGCGCAUUACCUGGCAGAAGGACGGCCGACAGGUCCACUCACAGCCGCCCGACCUUAUCAUUGAGACACAAGAAGGAAGCUCAGCAUUGUACAUGAACCGUGCCACCGUCUCAGAUUCGGCGUGGUACCAGUGCACUGCGCAAAACCAAGCGGGUUCGACGGCGACAAGGGCGCGACUACAUGUGAUAGCUGAACCGAAGAAGCACAGCGAGCCAUGGUCGCUUCACCUUCCCAAGCCAAGUAAAAUUAUCUCGCCCGAGAAGUCGCCACCGCGCGAAACCAUCUGGCUGCGUCACGUGGAGCGUGCCUAUCAGCCAGUGCGGGGACAGGAGGACGAGAGGGCGCCCCAGAAGCCGGCCUUCACUACACACUUGCAGGACUUGAUCUUGCACGAGGGCGAGCGCGGCCACCUCGACGCUAGGCUGAUUCCCAUCGGGGACGAAACCAUGAUCAUUGAAUGGUUUUGUAACGGACGCCCUAUUGAAGCAAGCUCCCGUGUAAUGACCACGUAUCGCUUUGGAUAUGUGGCGUUGACGCUUCUGCAUGUCUAUCCUGAGGAUUCUGGCGUAUACGUCUGCCGGGCAGCCAACGAAGCCGGAGAGGCGACGACCACGGCCACACUGCGAUGCACAGCUCGGCCAGCAAUCGAACGCAAAGCUAUCCAAGAGGACAGUAUCAGAGCCAUUCAGGAACUGGAAGACGCCGAGAAAUACUCCCGACAGCUCUCCAUCGACGAGACCGCAACUCUUACAAAGCCUGUGUUUAUCAGGCCACUGAGCAACAAGGACAACCUUCUCGAAGGAUCGAAUUGCCACUUCGAAGCCCAGCUGACUCCUGUAAACGAUCCCACUAUGAAGGUGGAAUGGUUCCUUAACGGCCAGCCACUGACAACAGGGUCGCGCAUCAACAGCACUUUCAGCUUUGGCUACGUCGCCCUGAACAUCAUGUCACUUCGUUAUGAGGAUUCCGGAGUGUACAUGUGCAGGGCCACUAACGCCAAGGGAGAGGCUGUCUCUACAGCGACCUUGAGGGUGAAAGCACAAGGCCUUGUCACUGGAGACUCGGGCAUUCCGGAGCAAGAGGCUUACAUACGAAAGACGCAGGAGCUGGAAGCAUAUCAAAUGGCCCAGCACGCGCCUAAGGAAAUAAUUUUCGAACCGGUUUCAACUAUGAAGCCCAACUUUAAGACAGGUCUAAGGGAUCAGCUGAAUGUCAAGGAGAACAUCACAGUGCACUUCGAAGCUCGCCUCGAGCCUAGUGGAGAUUCGUCGAUGCGCGUCGAAUGGUUCAAAGAUGGACGUCCACUGGAAGCUAGCUCUCGAACUACGACUUUCUUCAACUUUGGUUACGUUUCUCUAACAAUUCGCGGAGUCGAGGCCCGCGACUCGGGUGUGUACACCUGUCAAGCGACCAACUCCAUUGGCUCAGCCACUACGCAGGCCCGCCUCAUCUGCGUGUCACAAGCGUCAAUUGUUAAGGAGACUCAGCACCCUGGUGGCCUUCAGAAGAUCCAGCAUCUGGAAGAUUCCUCGCACUAUCAACGAUCCGAAUUCGAAGAGGUCUCCAUAAAGGAUAAGGCAAAGUUCACACAACCGCUUCAAGGACCCAAUUCCAUAAAGGAAGGUCAAAGUGUCCACCUCGAGACACGCCUGGAACCAAUGGGUGAUCCCGACAUGAAAGUUGAAUGGUUCCACAAUGGUCGUCCACUGGCUACUGGUCAUCGCUUCAAGACGUACUUUGACUUCGGAUACGUCGCUUUAGACAUUUUAUAUACAUUCCCCGAAGAUACUGGCACCUUCGAAGUCCGUGCCACCAACAAACUUGGAACGGAUGUACUGAAGAAGGAGAUUCACGUGCAAGCAAAAGCUGCUGUUGACACAAGCGCAAUCCACGAAUUAGGGCUUGACAAAAUUGAGUACCUUGAGGGGUCGGGUGUCGACCACAGCGGCUACCACAUCGAAGAAGUGACAAGGACUAAGCCGUACUUUAAGGUUCCGCUGAAAGAUCCCAAGGGGCCACUGAAAGAGGGAGAGUCUGUUGUAAUGGAGUGUGCCAUUGAGCCUGUCCAGGACCCGACUAUGAAGGUUGAAUGGUUUUUCAACGGUCGCCCGCUGCCAAGUGGUCAUAGGUUCAUUACGAAGUACGACUUUGGCCGGGCAUUCCUUCAGAUCUUAAACCUGGUUGCAGAAGAUACCGGACAGUACACUCUGCGAGCGACCAAUCAUCUUGGAUCUGCGCAUUCAACCUCAUGCAUCAAAGUUAUCGGUAAGUCCGGUGUAAUCACCGAGUCGCAGUACCCAGAAGGCUGGGAAAAGAUCCAGCACCUGGAAGACCACUCGCGCUACACCCGCCAGGAGCACCAGGAAAGCAUCAUCACCCAGAAACCCACAUUCAGCCGACCGCUGCAUAACGUGGAAACUGUAGAAGGCGCCAAUGUACACCUAGAGUGCCGGCUGCAGCCUGUUGGCGAUCCCACCAUGCGGGUCGAGUGGUUCAGAAACAGUGUGCCUAUCAAAGUCGGACAUCGAUUCAGGCCUGCACACGAGUUUGAUUACGUUGCCUUGGACAUCCUGAGCUUCUAUCCAGAGGAUUCGGGCAUCUACACGUGCAAGGCUACCAGCUCGCUUGGUGAAAACGUGACAUCUUGCAGCGUAAACUGCUUCGCCAAGUCACAGCUCAUUUUGGAGUCCCAGCACCCUGAAGGUCUUCAAAAAAUACAGCAGCUGGAAGACCAGUCCCGCUACCGUCGCGAGGUCGUAGAGGAGACAACGGUUAAAACCAAGCCUACCUUCACAUCCAAUAUGACGUCUAUUAGCCUUCGCGAAGGACAGAAUGCCCACCUGGAGUGCCGGCUUGAGCCCGUGAACGAUGCCGACCUCAGGGUCGAAUGGUUCCACAAUGGCGUCUCGCUUCCCAUCGGCCAUCGAUACCGACCCUUCCAUGACUUUGGUUACGUUGCACUCAACAUCCUGUCACUUGUGCCUGAGGAUUCAGGAACUUACACCGUGCGUGCCACAAAUUCUCUCGGAAAGGCCGAGAUUUCCACUACAAUUCUUGUCGAAGGAAAGUCGUCCGUUGACACGGAAACUCAGCAUCCUGAGGGACUGCAGAAGAUCCGGGCCCUCGAAGGCCACCACUACGAGAGAGACACUGGGGACCUUGACCAGUCUGUUACUACAGCACCUGUGUUCACGUCGGCUCCCAAGUCCAUCGUUGUUCAAGAGGGACAAAAGGCACAUCUUGAGUGCCGCCUGAUUCCAGUGGGGGAUCCCAAGCUCAAGGUUGAGUGGUUCAAGAAUGGCCAGCCGGUUCCGGCGGGAUCCCGUUUCGUCGAGAUGUGCAACUUCGGCUUCGUGUCUCUGGACAUCCUUAGCACGUAUGCUGAGGACUCCGGCACCUACACCUGCAAGGCCACGAAUCAGUUGGGAGAAGCUGUUGUAUCUGCCCAGCUCAAGUGUCACGCUGAAAAAUCGCUGAUACUGGACACGCAAAACCAGGAAGCUUAUGAAAAGAUCCAGCAGCUUGAAGACUACGGACGGCAAGUAAGGCCUGCCUACGUAGAAGAGAUUACAACGCAAGCACCCGUGUUUACACAAGCUAUGAAGAACCUGAGUCUCAAUGAAAACCAGAGUGCUCAUUUUGAGUGCAAGCUCAUACCAGUGGGUGACCCCAAUCUGAAGGUGGAGUGGUUCCACAAUGGACUUCCUCUGCAGAAAGCUAACCGAGUGAACACCAUUCAUGACUUUGGAUUCGUCGCUCUUGACUUGAGUUACGUCAAGGCACUAGACUCGGGCACUUACACUUGCAAGGCAACCAACUCUCUGGGAUCUGCUGUUUGUUCAGCAACUCUGAACGUCCAAGAUUCUAAAUCUCUGGUGUUCGACACUCAACACCCCGAGGGACUUCAGAAGAUUCGACAGCUUGAAGAACUCGGACGCUACAAGCCAGAAGUAACGCAAGAAGCCCCAUGCCCCGGUCCACCGAUGUUUGUCACGCAAUUACAGGGCCCAAGCCGCCUUACAGAAGGUGAAAGCGCCCACCUUGAAUGUCGCAUUGCCCCAUACCCCGAUUCCACCAUGAAGGUUCAGUGGUUCCACAAUGGCGUCGAGCUGCAGUCUGGCCAUCGUUACCGAACAAUGUACGACUUCGGUUUCUGCGCCUUGGACAUCCUAUCCGCAAAUGCUGAGCACUCUGGCGAAUACGUAGUCCAGGCCACAAAUGAACUUGGUACCGCAAGGUCCAUGGCACGCAUUCAUGUCGAUGCCAAAGGAGGCGUCAUCCUAGAAAGCCAACAACCAGACGCCCUGCCGAAGAUAAAACAGCUAGAGGAAUCGUGCGGCUACAUUAGACCAACGCAGGAGGAAGUUGUUAUUAAGGAGAAACCUAACUUUGUUCGUGGUCUUUACAACCUGGAUACUCUGCAUGAAGGACAAAGCGCUCAUCUUGAGGCUACAUUGACACCAAUAAAUGACGCGAACAUGAAGGUCCAGUGGUUCCAUAACGGCGUUGAAAUUCCGCUCGGCCACAGAUUCAAGACAGUGUCUGAUUUUGGCUAUGUGGCCCUCAACAUUCUCUACGCGUACCCAGAAGAUUCCGGUACAUACAUGUGCAAGGCGACCAACAAACUCGGGGAAGCCGUCACUACAUGUUCCAUUAACGUUCUCGGAAAAUCUGCCAUUGUGACUGACACGUAUCAUGAGAAAGGCCUGGAGAAAAUCAAGCAACUUGAGGAGUACCAGGCUCCAGAGAAGCCCGAGCAAGUGAUUCAGCUGCAGCGGCCGGUGUUCACAGUACCUCUCAACUCAGUGGAUGGUCUCGUUGAAGGACAGAGCGCGCACAUGGAGUGCAGGCUUGAGCCCAUCAAUGACGCUGAUCUCAAAGUUCAGUGGUACGUGAAUGGCGUCGAAAUCAGGCCAGGACAUCGUUUCAGAACAACGCAUGACUUCGGGUAUGUGGCCCUUGACAUACUGUAUGUGUAUGCUGAAGACAGUGGGGCCUACAUGUGCAAGGCAACCAACUCUCUCGGUGAAGCUGUUACAACGUGCAACCUGCGGGCGCUCCCCAAGCAAAAGAUCUUCUAUGAUACACAUCACCCGGAGGGUCUUGAGAAAAUACGAGAGCUGGAGGCACAAGUGAAGUACCAGACCGCCGAAAUUCAAGAGAAGCCCGUUUCAAAGCCUGUGUUCAUCACUGAACUAAGGGGAACGCAGGAGAUCUCAGAAGGCGAAAGUGCACACUUGGAGUGUCGCGUGGAACCAGCCCACGACGCCAAGUUGAAGAUUGAGGUUCUUCACAAUGGAAGGCCUCUUACAGCUGCGACCCGCGUCCACAUUACCAGUGACUUCGGCUAUGUGGCGAUAGACCUGAGCAGCGGCAUCCCGGAGGACUCCGGCACUUACACGGUCCGAGCCACUAACGACCUCGGAACAGCUGAAACAACGGCCACGCUGCGUGUUCUGCCCAAAUCCAGCAUCAUCUCCGACACCCACCACCCAGAAGGACUUGCUAAGAUCAGGGAAAUGGAAGAUGAGGCUCGCUUUAAGCAUGAAGUCAUUCAGGAACCAGUCACCUUCCAGAGGCCUGUAUUCACGGUUCCUUUACAAAACCUGGAAAACCUCGUAGAAGACCAGAGAAACGUACAUCUGGAAUGCAGACUAAUUCCCGUCGGAGAUCCUACUCUCAAUGUCCAGUGGUUCUUCAAUGACACACCACUAAUGGAAGGUACGAGAUUCCACCCAGUCCACGACUUUGGCUAUGUUGCUCUUGACAUGGACUACGUGCGUCCAGAAGACACCGGCGUCUAUGCGUGCAAAGCCACCAAUUCUUUGGGUCAGGCGGUGACCACGUGUAUGCUUAAAGUUAAACCCAAGGCCUCCAUUCUGUUGGACACACUGCAACCCCAGGGUUAUGAGAAGAUUCGCGAGCUGGAAGACUUGAAGGGUCAGAAGCCUCCAGAGAAACCGGAUGCAGUAUACGAAAAGCCUGUUUUUACCACCCCCUUGGUUGGUCCUGGAGAAAUAAACGAGGGACAGCCUGCGCGUCUGGAGUGCCGCUGCGUCCCUGUCGGAGACCCCGAUCUGAAAUUCUUCUGGUAUGUCAACGGCAUCGAGCUUCCCAAAGGUUCAAGGCUUAUCCCCAACAACGACUUUGGAUUCGUGACACUCGACAUCAUGUCAGGAAUUGCAGAAGACUCCGGUGUCUAUAUGUGCAAAGCCGUCAAUAAAGCUGGCGAAGCAGUCACCUCAACCUCCCUUCGAGUGAAAGGCCGUGCGGGAGUGCUGCUUGACUCCCACCACCCGGAGGCAUACAGGCAGACGCAGAAGUUCGAGUAUGACUCCAGCCGUGUUCCAGAGACCUGGUCCGACGAGAAACCUAAAGUGGCACCAGUGUUCGUGCAACACUUGAAUAACAUUGACGGCGCUGUGGAGGGUCACUACCUUCGCAUCGAGGGCCGUAUCGAACCUACCAAUGACGACAAACUCAAAGUUAAAUGGUUCAAGAACGGCAAGCCUUUGGUCAUGGGUACCAGAAUUAAACCCACAGACGAUUUCGGCUUAGUUUCCCUGGACAUAUCAAGCGCAAGACCGGAUGAUUCUGGUAUUUAUACCUGCAAAGCCACAAACGACGUUGGCGAAGCAAUCUCAACUUGCACAAUCAAGGUGGAAGGCCGCGAAAACAUCAUUCUAGCCUCCCAACAUCCUGAAUCGCUGCCCAAGAUUCGCCAGCUCGAAGAGUACGUGCCACCAGAGAAGUACGUGCCUGAGCCAGAAUACGAAGGACCGGUGUUCGUCACGCAUCUCAACAACUUGGAGAUCCGCGAAGGCACUACGGCCCACUUCGAGUGCCGCGUGGAGCCAUCCAAGGACCCCACGCUCAAAGUGGAAUUCCUCAAAAACAACAAGCCAGUUCCUGCUGGUUCCAAAUACAACUUCAACAACGACUUUGGUUUCGUCACCCUGGAUGUCGGCAAUGCGUUUCCUGAGGACUCUGGCAUCUACACGUGCAGAGCUCGCAACUCGAAGGGCGAGGCAGUCACCACCGGGUCUCUCAAAGUACAAGGCAAAAGUGGCGUGCAGUCUGACACUCUUCAUCCAAUGGGCGCACAGGGUUUGUCCAAGGUCCAGGAGCUAGAGACUUCGUACCUGACCAGAUACCAGGCUCCUGUCGAGGAAGCCGAGAAGGUCUACCCGCGACCAGUGUUUGUGGUGCCGCUUGAGCCGAACUUCUCCAUUCAAGAAGGUAGUCCGGUCACGCUAGAAUGCAAGGUCGAGCCAGCAGCUGACCCGAAUCUCAAGGUGGAGUGGUUCCUGAACGGAAAGCCACUUGCGCCAGGAUCCAGGUACACUUCAACCCACGACUUUGGCUUCGUUGUACUUGCUCUCACCGACUUCUGGGGACGAGACGCUGGCAUUUACACCUGCCGCGCGAGCAACAACGCCGGCGAAGCCUUCACUACGACCACGAUUACAUGUCUUUCCCGCAAGGGCGUGCAGGAGGACACGCUGCACCCAGAGGGUCGCAAGGGGCUCGAGUCCAUCCAGCAGCUGGAAGAGUCGCUGACGCGUGUGCCCGAAAUGGUUCAAGAGGACGCCGCAGGCCAGCCACCCGUGUUCACGUCACAGUUCGUCAAUCUGAAGGACCUGAACGAAGGCGAGAUCGCUCACUUCGAGGCCACACUGACACCGGUCGGCGACCAGACCAUGCAGGUCGAAUGGUUCUUCCGCGGCAAGCCGCUCAAAGCUGGGCACCGCAUCCGGACGGUACAUGCGUUCGGCAUGGUGGUGCUCGAGAUCUUGGGCACAGUGCUGGAGGACUCUGGCCGCUACACGUGCCGCGCCACCAACAAGUGGGGCAAAGCCGAAGUCACCGUCGACCUCGAGUGUACCGACAAGACAAAGGGACAGCGGCCGCAGUUUACCACUCAGCUGCAGAACCUCAUGGACCUCAAGGAAGGAAACAGCGCUCACCUGGAAUGCCACCUGGUGCCCGUUGGUGAUCCAGACAUGAAGGUCGAGUGGUACAAGAAUUCACAACCACUUCGCGACAGUUCACGCAUCAAGACAUUGAGCGAUUUUGGCUUCGUGGUGAUGGACAUCUCGUUCGUGCAUGCCGAAGACUCUGGCGACUACGUCUGCGUGGCCACUAACAAAUACGGCUCCGAUGCGACCAAGUGCACCAUUCAGUGCGCAGGCUCUGGAAAAAUAUUCAGGGACUCUCUACAGCCUCAAUCCCUUGACAGAAUCGCUGAAUUGGAAGGUGCCUCGUCUCUAACUAGGACUUCGGCCGUUAUGGAGGCCACCAGGCUUCAGCCACCCAAGUUCCUAUCGCAGCUGAACAGUAUCACAGGUCUGGCUGAAGGCCAGAGCGCCCACUUUGAGUGUCAGCUCGUGCCAGUCAACGACCCUGACCUAACGGUCGAGUGGUACUUCAAUGGUCAGCUUCUGCGCUCAGGCCAUCGUUUCCGGACGUUCCACGAUUUUGGUAUUGUAAUCCUGGACAUCCUCUACUGCUACGGUGAAGACUCAGGUGAAUGGGUCUGCAAGGCAACCAACAAGCUUGGCUCAGAUGUGACACGUGCCACUCUUCAGUGCAAGGCCAAGAGCUCCUUGAUCCUGACACCUCAAUUUCCACCUGAAAUGGCAUCGGGAACACAGAGCAUCAUCGCUCUCGAAGAAAGCUUGUACCGAAAGUCGGCGGUCGUAGAGCCAGAAGGUCCUGCCGAGGCACCUCGCUUCACUGUGCCACUGAGUAACGUCGAAGAUCUGAGGGAAGGAGACAAUGCUCACUUAGAAGCCCGGCUGACGCCAACAGAUGACCCAGACUUGACCGUUGAAUGGUUCAAGAACAAUAUGCCACUGAUGUCAGGAACGAGAAUCCGGACCAUCAACGACUUCGGCUUCGUGGUACUCGAGAUGAGUCCUGUGUACCCGGAAGACUCCGGCGUCUACUCCUGCCGAGCUCGAAACCGCUUCGGGGAGGCCGUCACUACCUGCACUCUCAAGUGCCAAGGAAAGCGUAGCAUCAUUCUGGAAACACAGCUGCCAGAAUCGAUGACCACAGGUAUCGAGAAGAUUGCCAAGUUUGAGGAAGUUUCCUCAGCCAGGAUUGGCGAGACCUGGACAGACAAAGAUAUCUCUCAGCCGCCGAAGUUUGUAACUACUCCGCAGGACUUGACGCUGGCUGAGAACUCCUUGGCACAUUUCGAGUGCAGGCUGACACCAGUCGGCGACCCUACGCUGAGAGUGGACUGGUACCACAAUGGCAAACCUCUUGUCACCGGCUCUCGAGUGAAGACAAUCCACGACUUCGGCUACGUCAUCCUUGAAGUGGCGGGUGUCUACCCACGAGACUCAGGCGUGUACACGUGCAGAGCCGUCAACAAGGUUGGCGAAGCGUCGGUCUCCUGCAAGCUCACCGUCAAGGGCAAGCAGUCUAUUGUUAUGGAACCACAGCUACCUCAGGAGUUCCGUUCUGGCUAUGAGAGCAUUCAGAAGUUGGAAGAAUCGAUGUACCGAACCGAAGAGAAGAUCUUCGACGACGAAAAGAAGGAGCCGCCAAAGUUUGUCACACAGAUCCAGGCUCUUCUCGACAAGGUGGAGGGCGACAGCGCUCACUUUGAAUGCAAGCUUAUCCCGGUUGGAGAUCCGAAUAUGAAAGUCGAAUGGUUCUUGAACGGACGGCCACUGGUCACUGGAACACGUGUUCAUACAAUCGAUGACUUCGGCUUCGUGGUGCUGGACAUCGACUGGUUGUUCCCUCGAGACUCUGGAGAGUACAUGUGCCGUGCCACAAAUCGUUGGGGUUCGGACACGACCAAAGCAACUCUCAAGAUCAAAGCUAAGAAAGACAUCAUCAUGGACAGCCAGCUGCCGCAGGGAAUGAACGUUGACAAACUGCGUGACCUGGAGUACCCAGCACCACAACAAGAAACAAUGCAGGAGGUGGAACCGGUUAAGCCAAGGUUCAUCACCCAGAUACAACCUCAAGAAAAUCUUAAUGAAGGUGACUCAGCGCAUUUCGAGUGUCGCUUGGAACCCAUCAACGAUCCAAAAUUGAGGGUGGAAUGGUACCACAACGGACAGCCUCUAAGAUCAGGCCACCGCUUCAAGACAACCCACGACUUCGGCUUUGUUGCUUUGGACGUGUUGUAUGUCUACCCUGAGGACUGUGGAACAUAUGUCGCCCGGGCUAUAAAUGAAGUAGGCGAAGACCAAACACAGGCCACCCUCAGGUGCAUAGCAAAGCCAAAGCUGGACUACAGGACCCAGCUUCCUAAGGACAUGAAGGAUGGCGUCAAGAAGAUCGCUGAAAUGGAAGCUUCCUGGCAGCGCACUGAAACCCAGGAGGAAGUGGAAGAAGAACCAAAAGCUCCGAUGUUCAUUAUGAAGCCAGAACCUCAAGUGGUUGUUGAAGGCGAAUGGGCUAAGUUCCAGUGCCGGGUCAUCGGUCAUCCCAAGCCAAGGCUCAUCUGGGUUUUGAAUGGACACACGGUCAUUUCCGGUUCGAGGUACAAGCUGACCUACGACGGUAUCUACCACCUGGACAUCCCCAAGACUAGGCAGUACGACCAAGGAAAAGUAGAAGUUUUCGCGAGAAACUUCUGCGGCGAAGCCUACUGUUUCACAACUUUGGAAGUUCGGCCUAAAUUUGAUGACUACAGAGCCGUGCUCAAGCAUUCUCCAAAGCCAUGGUACGACCAGGACGUAAAGUCUUAUCAGAGGUACCGACAUGAGACUGAACUGCAACGAGUGUUCGAGGAAAAACUUACCCCUGGAGGCACCCGCAUCGAUGUCUGGAAGACUGAACAAGGCCAAGAAGGCGAACACCAAAAGGUCAAGAAGAGGAUAGAGGAGGAAGAACUUGAAAAGUUAAAGCCGAAAGUGGAGCGGUUCAAGACGGACUCUAUAUAUUACGACGCACGUACGGGCGAGAAGAAGGUGGAAACGGGCUCCCAGGCGCAGUACAUGGCCAAGUACUUCGAGACCGAGGCGGAGAAGCAGCAGCGGGGCCCCAGCGGCAUAGCGCCCGAGUCAGUGGUGCAGGGCCGCGAAGUGCACACGACCACGCAGCGCCAGACGCAGAAGGAGCAGCAGGGCGACCUGGAGAUCACCCGCAAGAAGACACUGACCGAGACGCUCGAGCAGGAGCACAAGGGCGUCACCAAGGAGCAGCGCGUACAGGGGCCCGUGCAAGAGUCGAAGCCUCCCGUAUUCACCAAGAAGCUACAGCCGUGCCGUGUGGACGAGGGCCAUGGAGCCAAGUUCCAGUGCACGUUCACCGGCCAGCCGGCGCCGAAGAUCACGUGGUACCGAGAGAAUUUCCCCAUAACACCUUCGCAGGACUUCCAGAUCGUGACUACCGACAGCACAUCAACGCUGAUAAUUCGUGAAGUUUAUGUGGAAGAUUCUGGUGUCUUCUCGGUCAAGGCUGAAAACCGUGGAGGCUCUGCCAAAUCAUCUGCCAACUUGGUUGUUGAAGAGAGGCGAGAGCAACGCAGCGGGGUCGUGCCGCCAAACUUUACCAGGACCAUCCAGGACGUUUCGUCGAAGGCAGGAAAGUUGGUCCGCCUCGACGCCAAGGUCUCGGGAUCGAAGCCGUUGGAUGUCUAUUGGCUGAAGAACGGCAAGAAGGUGACGCCCGACGUGUCACACAAGAUUGUGGAGGAGGACGACCUGUACACGCUGCUCAUCUUGGAGGCCCAGGCGGACUCAGACUCCGGAAGCUACGAGUGUGUCGCCAUCAACUCGGCUGGAGAAGCACGCUGCCAAGCUCACGUGGUGAUCGAAGGCGCCAAGCCCAAAACGCCGCCCACGAGCCCCAAGGAGGCGCCUGGAGACCAGAAGCCACCCACGGUGACAGAGCCGCUCAAGCCACUCGCCGUCAAGGAAGGCCAGAGCGCCGUCUUCCGCUGCAGGAUACCAGCCGUCCCUGGAGCGCAAGUAAAAUGGUUCCGAGGCGACCAGCAAGUCAAGCAAUCCCGGUACUUCCGCAUGUCCCAAGAAAACAACCUGUUCACGCUCAAAAUCUCUGAAGCGUUCCCGGAAGACGAAGGCGUCUACAAGUGCGUCGCCACCAAUCCGGCAGGCACUGUGUCUACCAGCGCCAACCUUAAAGUUAUCGUGCCCGAGCUAAACGAGGUGCCACCGACGGUUACUCCUCUGGCUGACCUGACCGUGCCCGAGGGCUCGCCUGCUCGCUUUGUCACAUCCCUGGGAGGCGUGCCACCACCCAAGGUCAUCUGGGUCCGCGAGGGCCACAUCAUCAAGCAGUCCCGUGAUUUCCAGAUGAACCAAGACCAAGGCUCAGCAUCUCUGGUCAUCAGGCACACGUAUCCCGAAGACGAAGGUGUCUACGUUUGUCGUGCCACCAACGCCUCGGGCCAAGCCGAGACCUCUGCCCGGCUUACCGUGCAACGUAAGGCCAAAAAAAUGGCAGAGCUAAGCUGGUCGCGUCUUGUUGCAGGAAAAACAGCGGAGCAAAAACCAGUGCGCGUCAUGGGCCCCCAGGGCAUGGCCCCGCAGAUCACCAAGCAGCCCGAGUCGCGUUCGGCCAAGCCCGGCCACAAGGUGGACUUCAAGGCGACCGCUACUGGUUCGCCAGCGCCUGACAUUACGUGGUACAAAGACGGUAGACCCGUCAGCUCAACCAUCGGAGACAUCGUGGUGAGCACAACACCCAUUUCGCAAGAAGAAGUCACGACCACACUCACCAUCAGUAACGUGACUGUCGAAGAUGCUGGAAAAUACGUUUGCGUCGCUACGAACUGCUGGGGUCGAGCCGAGAGCAUUCAGGUCACCCUAGAGGUCAAAGGGGGCAAGGAGCCACCGCGGUUCAUCGAACAGCUGGAGCCUGUGGCAGCCACAGAUGGCUCUCCCGCGAUUCUACGCUGUACAGUAGUCGGCAGCCAGCCAAUACAUAUCAAAUGGUUUCAAAACAGACGAGAAGUUAAAGAUACGAAAGACUUUCAAAUGCACUACGAUCCCCAGACAGGCCUAGUCUCGCUUACCAUUCCGGAGAUUUACCCAGACGACCAGGGCCUGUACACGUGCCGAGCAUUCAACGAGUACGGCCAAGACGAGACGUCUGCGGCUGUCACUGUGGUCGACGUGGAGUUCUUUGGAGGAACGUCAGACGUGUCAGUGCAGCCGCGGUUCGUGCAGCCGCUUAGGCCCAUGGCUUACCCUGAGGGAGAGCCUGCAAGGUUAAGCGUGGAAGUUCACGCUGUGCCCACCCCAGAUUUUAACUGGUUCUUUGAAGGAAAGUUGUUGAAGUCAUCCAGGGAUUUUCUUGUGACGUCUGAAGGCCUAAAGAGCUCUCUUGUCAUUGCUGAAUUAUUCCCCGAAGAUGCUGGGCCCUACGAAUGCAGGGCUCAGAACCCUGCGGGCAGAGCAACGACAUCCGCCAAUCUUCGUGUUAUUCAAGAACAGUCGCUGCCAACUUCGCCACUAAGCAAAGUAGGACCUGGAGCUGAGCCCACAGAAAUAAGACCGCCUUCGCCACCCGAGAGCCUCACACAACUAAAGCCACCCUUCUUCACCAGAAACUUGGUCUCCCAAACUGUCGUUGAAGGAUCACCAGUUACGUUUGUUGGAGAGGUUACAUCGUUCCCUGAAGUUGUUUCAUUUACUUGGUACCUUAACGGGAAAGCUAUUAAGUCUUCUAGAGAUUUUCAAAUAUAUAACGAAGGCAACAGGACGACUCUCAAGAUAGCAGAAGUGUUUCCCGAUGAUGCGGGAACUUUCUCGGUGACAGCGGAAAACCCUGUUGGCAUCGCAACUUCAAAGGCCAAGUUGACGGUAGAAGAGGAAGCCGUUGAGGGUGCAGCGGUAGAAGCUCCUAGGUUCUUGACUGAGCUUACACCAGUGACGGUGAUGGAUGGUGGUGAAGCCAAGCUUUCUGUUUACGUCACUGGAAAGCCACAGCCACGUGUCACCUGGCUGCAUAACGAUAGAGAAGUGAAAGAAAACUCGGAUGUCUGGACAACGCAAAGGACAGAUGGAUACUGCGAAUUGUUCAUCUCUGAAGCUUUUCCAGAAGAUAUGGGAGAAUACAUCUGCAAAGCAGUGAAUAUAGCUGGAACUGCCGUAACGCGGACGCAUAUCAACGUGGAAUCGUACGAGUACGUCCCAGACUCCGAAGUUGCGUCGGCAACUUACGACACCCCCGGGACUGCACAUACCCAUGACCACACUCAAGAAGAAUCUUACGACACAUUGGACACAAUGCCCAGUGUUUCUGAGAUGGAUGAGUCCGAUAUGGAAAGGAUACCAGAUCUUCCUAGGGAUGACGGCCGGCCACCCAGGAUGCCAGGCGUACGUACUUUUUUAUGUGCUCGUAGUUGUGGCUAUCAUGACGGGGACAAGCACAAACCUCGAAAAUCUCAUCAUAAGCGAAGGAAAAAGAAGGUCUCUCGAGGUUCCACAAGCGUGCCCAAGGAGGCCAUUCCCGUAUGCUACGAGCCAGUACAACCUUGGGAACGUGGGCGAAGGAAAACGUCGGACCCUGGCUCAGCGCCUGUUGUGGUUGUACCUUUGGAAGAUGUCAUAGUGCCAUUGGGCCAACCAGCAACGUUGGACUGCAAAGCUGUCGGGAUGCCGAAACCGAAGAUAACCUGGUACCGAAAUGGAGUACCGAUAAAGCAUUCCUUCGAAUAUCAGCUCUACUAUGACCCCCAGGGUAUUUCGUCUCUUACAAUAGCACACACAGAGCUUGAAGAUUUUGCAGAAUACGUGGUGGAAGCCAAGAACCGCUACGGUACUGACACUACCCGUGCAGAGCUGAUACAGCUGGAUCUGAAUUCCAUGAGGCCCAUGCGACGGAUACAUAGAUCAGACCAUCGCUUGAGUCUUGACUUCAAGAGUAUGCGGCCGCGGUUCGAAGUGCCUUUGCAGAGCACGUACCACAAGCCUUUGGGAUUCCCGGUCACACUCGAGUGCACCGUACGGGGACGUCCAAAGCCUAACGUUCAAUGGUUCCACAAUGGCGUCUUGAUCGAGCCAAGCUACAUGCCUGUCUACAAAAUAACACUUCUGAGCGACAAGAGCAUGCUGCACAUCACCGAAAUGAUGCCCGCGACUGAAGGGCGCUAUGUCUGCAAGGCCGUAAACGAGGCCGGAGAAAAAACCACUGAGUGCAUUCUUCAUGCUGGAGAACCCGAGGAACACAAGCCAGAAGAAUUCCACCCACCACAAGAGGAAAAGCCGCACAAGGUUCCUGCGUUUCUUCAGUCCAAACAACCACGAAGGAAGCCAUCAGACGACGAAUACCAAAGCUUUGAGUCGGAGUCGGAGUUGAGCUUUAAGGAAACAAUCGUGCCACAGAUCCGGAAGCUGUCAAGGCCGAAAGAGUCCCCGCCGCCUGAAAAGCCGGAGAAGACGGCGAAAGAGAGCGCCAUCGAAUUCCUCACCACUGUUCUGAAGCCAACAUGGCCGUUCAGUAUGUUUCGUUCCGCUUCGCCAAAGGAGGCACCGAAGGAGGAGGAGGAACCGGCCGAGCCCGAGAGGCCGCCGCCGAAACUGCCCGAACGGUUGCCGAGCGCGGAGAGGCCGCCCAGGCCCGAGAGGCCGCCGAGCGCCGAGAAGACCAGGCCCGGAAGGCCACCAAGGGCAGAACCGCCGAGGCCCCUCAGGCCGGGAGAGUUCGCUGAGAGGCCGCCACUCACCGAGCCCGUCCAACGAAAGGAGCCCCCGAGGCCAGAGUCGCCCUGGUUCCUCGAACCCACGGAACCGUAUCCAACUGAAAGGCCUCCUUCCGUCGAGACGGACAGGUUGGCGCCAAGAGAUGCCAGAAAGCCACCAAGUGGGCGAAGGACUCCUGAAGCUCCUGAAAGAAUGCCACCUGAAGAAUUUGUCAAGUGGAAACCGGGACAUCGCAGAACAUCUGAACCUGGAAUGCCGCCCAAGUUCGUUGCUCCAUUGGAGGAUGUCGAAGUCCUUGUGGGAUACCCUGCAACGACAACGCCAGAGGACUUUGGUGACUUCAUCUGCGAAGCAAAGAACAAAUACGGAACAGAAGUUACAGAGGCUGAGCUCAUUCAAAUAGAGUUUGUGCCGAUGAAGCCAAGAUUUGAGCAGCCUUUAGUAAGCGAGGUACGAGCCCCACUUGGCAUGCCAAUCACUUUGGAAUGCGUGGCAAGAGGACGUCCACCGCCAGAAGUACGGUGGUUCCACGAGGACAGGCCAAUACUUCCAGACGACACAGAGAGCACAGUAUACAAAGUGACCAUCUUGAAUGACAAAAAUCUCCUUCACAUCCUGGAGGUAAACGAAAGAACGCAAGGGCGAUACGUCUGCAAAGCCACAAAUGAAGCAGGAGAGCGGGUGACUGAGUGCUUUGUGACAAUAGGCGAACCUGAAGAACGCAAAGACCAGGAGAAGAUGGAAAAGAUAAGCACUGAAACAUUGGUGUCAACUGAGGACACUGUAUUUUUAAAACCUAUAAGUCAUGAAAAAUUCUUUAUUAAGACAGCUGAGGAAAGAAAAAUGCCCGAAGAAGAGUCCUUCAUUGACCAGUUACCAAAAAGGGCAACUAUUGAAGCUUACUCCCAAGUUGAAGCAACAAAACUUUUCAUACAAGAAGAAAUCUCUGUUCAGAAAAAGUUUGUCAAAGAGGAAGUAACUCAAGAAGAAAUAAAAGAGACAAAGCAAGCAAUCAAACAAUGGCCAGAGCCUGUGGAACAUGUUCCAGAAUUUUUAAAAAAAGUACUAAAACCAAUACCUCGGCAUCAGCAAGUAAUGCAAGAAGAAGUUGACAUAUCAGAAACUUCCCAUCUUGACACACUGCCAAAACCUGAGGAAGAAGUUCGACAUGCUUUGCCAGAAAUACGGCAGGAAAGUGAUCAACCUUUAAAACGUCAAGCACCACAGGACAAGCAGCCUAAAAAGAAACUACCUUUGCCACAACAAGAAGAAACAGAAAUGCCAGAGUUUUUGACAAAAACAUUAAAACCAACAGAAAAGUUCCGCAAGAAAGAUAUCCCAGAAAAAGUAGAGGAAUCUGAACUUCACAAAUUCACUAAACGAAAAGUAGUAGUGCCAGAGCAAGCGGACCAGAAAGAAGAAUACACUGAAACAGAAGAAGUCACUGAGAUCAGCGUGCUACGAAAAUUGAAGCCAGAGGAAAGACCACAACACGGAGAUGUACCCCUGACAGAGGAGACAAGUGAAGUGAGCGAUUUCAGAUAUCCAACACGGCAGAAGGAAAAGCCACUUCACCAAAAACCAAAAGACAAACCUGAAGUUGAAGAAAUUCAACUUACAAAGGAAGGAAAGCCUGAGAAGAUCACACCUCAAACACUGACACCUUAUGCAAGGACAGUGCAUCAACUACCAAUUGACGCAGAAGAAGUGGAAAAACCGGAAAAGCUCACACCAAUAGAACACAAGGCUCCGGAAGCAUAUGAAAAGAAAGCUACCAUCAAAGUUUUCCAAGUACCAAAACCAAGAAUACCUGGAAGAAAAGAAAAAACACAAGAGCUUCCACUUUUGCAAGAGACCAAACAAAUCAUUCAAGUUGAAUCAAUCAAGAAAACUGAGGACAUUACACCACCAAAGUAUCGAGAACCAGCAGAACGAAGACCUGAAGAAAAGUCGGAAGGCCCAGCAGACACAAUUGUGAAAAAGAAGGAUGAACCACGAAAAAUUACAACAGAGGCGACGGAGGUACCACGCAUUGCUGAUAUUAAGAAAGUCCAGCUCACGGACAUUCUCACUGAAUCCACUGAGAAGCCAAAGGAAGUGACACAGAUUGUUUACGAAACAGAGGAGGUGCUUGAAGAAACAGAAACAAUUGAUCUCGCUAAGGUAUCAAAGCCAAAAAAACCAAAAAGAACAGUGAUACCUGAUGAAGAGGAAUCGCCAACGGUAGAAGAAGCUGUAGAGCAAACAGUAGACCUACAAUCAGUAGCAUGGCCGAAGAAAAAACCUGGGAAAGAAGAAAAGCCUCAGCAAAAACCCGAGAGAAAAGCCGCAGUUCAAGAUAUUACCAUACGUACAAAGGAAGAACGGCCACGCAAAAUUAUACCACUAGACAUCACGACUGAAGCUGUGGAAAUUCCAGAUAUCACGGAUGUUAAGACUAUCCAGCGCACAGAUAUCAUCACUGAAUCUCUCGAAAGGCCUAAAGAAAUUGCUCAAGUUGAGUAUAAGACCGAGGAAGUGGUUGAAGAAACUGAAACAAUUGAACUGGCCAAGGUGCCUAAGGCAAAGAAGCCAAAGAAAAAGAAGCAACCCGAAGAGGAGGAGGAAGCACCAGCUGUGGAAGAGACAGAGCAAACAGUAGACCUUGAGUCGAAAGCACGACCAAAGGAAGAGCCAGUGGUUGAAGAAAUUACUAUCCUUAAAGAAGAGGAGAAACCACGAGAAAUAACAACUGAGGCUGUUGAAAUUCCAGAUAUCACUGAUGUUAAGACUAUCCAGCGCACAGAUAUCAUCACUGAAUCUCUGGAAAGGCCUAAAGAAAUCGCUAAAGUUGAGUAUAAGACAGAGGAAGUGGUUGAGGAAACUGAAACAAUUGAAUUGGCCAAGGUGCCUAAGCCAAAGAAGCCAAAGAAAAAGAAGAAACCUGAAGAAGAGGACGAAGUGCCACUUGUGGAAGAGACAGACCAAAUAGUAGACCUCGAGUCGAAAGGACGACCAAGGAAAGAGAAGCCAAAGGAAGAGCCAGUGGUUGAAGAAGUUAUUAUCCUUAAGAAAGAGGAGAAACCACGAGAAAUAACAACUGAAGCUGUCGAAAUUCCAGAUAUCACUGAUGUUAAGAGCAUCCAGCGUACAGAUAUCAUCACGGAAUCUCUAGAAAGGCCCAAGGAAAUCGCUCAGGUUGAAUACAAGACGGAGGAAGUCGUUGAAGAGACGGAAACAAUUGAAUUGGCCAAGGUACCUAAGCCAAAGAAGCCAAAGAAAAAGAAGAAACCCGAAGAGGAGGACGAAGUGCUAGUUGUGGAAGACGCAGAGCAAAUAGUAGACCUAUUGUCGAAAGCACGGCCAAAGGAGCCGCCAGUGGUUGAAGAAAUUACUAUCCCUAAGAAAGAGGAAACACCUCGAGAAAUCACGACUGAGGCUGUGGAAAUUCCAGCUAUCACUGAUGUUAAGACUAUCCAGCGCACGGAUGUCAUCACUGAAUCGAUAGAAAGACCUAAAGAAAUUGCUCAAGUUGAGUACAAGACAGAGGAAGUCGUUGAAGAGACAGAAAUGAUUGAAUUGGCCAAGGUACCUAAGCCAAAGAAGCCAAAGAAAAAGAAGAAACCGGGAGACGAGGAGGAAGCACCAGUUGUGGAAGAGACAGAGCAAAUAGUAGACCUGGCAUCGAAAGCACGGCCAAAGGAGGAGAAGCCAAAGGAAGAGCCAGUGGUUGACGAAAUCACUAUCCUUAAGAAAGAGGAAAAACCACGAGAAAUCACGACUGAGGCUGUGGAAAUUCCAGAUAUCACAGAUGUUAAGAGUAUCCAGCGUACAGAUAUCAUUACUGAAUCACUAGAAAGGCCUAAGGAAAUUGCUCAGGUUGAAUACAAGACAGAGGAAGUUGUUGAAGAGACAGAAGCAAUUGAAUUGGCCAAGGUGCCUAAGCCAAUGAAGCCAAAGAAAAAGAAGAAACCUGAAAAGGAGGAGGAAGCACCAGUUGUGGAAGAUACAGAGCAAAUAGUAGACCUCGCAUCGAAAGCACGACCAAAGGAAGAGAAGCCUAAGGAAGAGCCAGUGGUUGAAGAAAUUACUAUCCUUAAGAAAGAGGAAAAACCACGAGAAAUUACGACUGAGGCUGUGGAAAUUCCAGAUAUAACUGAUGUUAAGAGUAUCCAGCGCACAGAUAUCAUCACUGAAUCGCUAGAAAGGCCUAAGGAAAUCGCUCAGGUUGAAUACAAGACAGAAGAAGUUGUUGAAGAGACAGAAACAAUUGAAUUGGCCAAGGUGCCUAAGCCAAAGAAGCCCAAGAAAAAGAAGAAACCUGAAGAGGAGGAGGAAGCACCAGUUGUGGAAGAGACAGAGCAAAUAGUAGACCUCGCGUCGAAAGCACGGCCAAAGGAAGAACCAGUGGUUGACGAAAUCACUAUCCUUAAGCAAGAGGAAAAACCACGAGAAAUCACGACUGAGGCUGUGGAAAUUCCAGAUAUCACUGAUGUUAAGAGUAUCCAGCGCACAGAUAUCAUCACUGAAUCGCUAGAAAGGCCCAAAGAAAUUGCUCAGGUUGAAUACAAGACGGAGGAAGUCGUUGAAGAAACGGAAACAAUUGAAUUGGCCAAGGUACCUAAACCAAAGAAGCCAAAGAAAAAGAAAAAACCCCAAGAGGAGGAAGAAGCACCAGUUGUGGAAGAGACAGAGCAAAUAGCAGACCUUGAGUCGAAAGCACGACCAAAGGAAGAGAAGCCAAAGGAAGAGCCAGUGGUUGAAGAAAUUACUAUCCUUAAGAAAGAGGAAAGACCACGAGAAAUCACGACUGAGGCUGUGGAAAUUCCAGAUAUCACUGAUGUUAAGAGCAUCCAGCGUGCAGAUAUCAUCACGGAAUCUCUAGAAAGGCCCAAGGAAAUUGCUCAGGUUGAAUACAAGACGGAGGAAGUCGUUGAAGAGACGGAAACAAUUGAAUUGGCCAAGGCACCUAGGCCAAAGAAGCCAAAGAAAAAGAAGAAACCCGAAGAGGAGGAGGAAGCACAAGUUGUGGAAGAGACAGAUCAAAUAGUAGAUCUUGAAUCGAAAGCACGGCCAAAGGAAGGGAAGCCAAAGGAAGAGCCAGUGGUUGAAGAAAUCACUAUCCUUAAAAAAGAGGAGAAACCACGAGAAAUAACAACUGAGGCUGUUGAAAUUCCAGAUAUCACUGAUGUUAAGACUAUCCAGCGCACAGAUAUCAUCACUGAAUCUCUGGAAAGGCCUAAAGAAAUUGCUAAAGUUGAGUAUAAGACAGAGGAAGUGGUUGAGGAAACUGAAACAAUUGAAUUGGCCAAGGUGCCUAAGCCAAAGAAGCCAAAGAAAAAGAAGAAACCUGAAGAAGAGGACGUAGUGCCACUUGUGGAAGAGACAGACCAAAUAGUAGACCUCGAGUCGAAAGCACGACCAAGGAAAGAGAAGCCAAAGGAAGAGCCAGUGGUUGAAGAAGUUAUUAUCCUUAAGAAAGAGGAGAAACCACGAGAAAUAACAACUGAAGCAGUCGAAAUUCCAGAUAUUACUGAUGUUAAGACUAUCCAGCGCACCGAUAUCAUCACUGAAUCUCUAGAAAAGCCGAAGGAAAUUGCUCAGGUUGAGUACAAGACGGAGGAAGUCGUCGAAGAGACGGAGACGAUUGAAUUGGCAAAGGUACCUAAGCCAAAGAAGCCAAAGAAAAAGAAGCAACCCGAAGAGGAGGAGGAAGCACCAGUUGUGGAAGAGACAGAGCAAAUAGUAGACCUCGAGUCGAAAGCACGACCAAAGGAAGAGAAGCCAAAGGAAGAGCCAGUGGUUGAAGAAAUUAUUAUCCUUAAGAAAGAGGAAAAACCUCUAGAAAUCACGACUGAGGCUGUGGAAAUUCCAGAUAUCACUGAUGUUAAGACUAUCCAGCGCACUGAUAUCAUCACUGAAUCUCUAGAAAGGCCGAAGGAAAUUGCUCAGGUUGAGUACAAGACGGAGGAAGUCGUCGAAGAGACAGAAACAAUUGAAUUGGCAAAGGUACCUAAGCCAAAGAAGCCAAAGAAAAAGAAGCAACCCGAAGAGGAGGAGGAAGCACCAGUUGUGGAAGAGGCAGAGCAAAUAGUAGACCUCGAGUCGAAAGCACGACCAAAGGAAGAGAAGCCAAAGGAAGAGCCAGUGGUUGAAGAAAUUAUUAUCCUUAAGAAAGAGGAAAAACCUCUAGAAAUCACGGCUGAGGCUGUGGAAAUUCCAGAUAUAACUGAUGUUAAGACUAUCCAGCGCACAGAUAUCAUUACUGAAUCCCUAGAAAGGCCCAAAGAAAUUGCUCAGGUUGAGUACAAGACGGAGGAAGUCGUUGAAGAGACGGAAACAAUUCAAUUGGCCAAGGUACCUAAGCCAAAGAAACCAAAGAAAAAGAAGAAACCCGAAGAGGAGGAGGAAGCACCAGUGGUGGAAGAGACCGAGCAAAUAGUAGACCUCGCAUCGAAAGCACGGCCAAAGGAAGAGCCAGUGGUUGACGAAAUAACUAUCCUUAAGCAAGAGGAAAAGCCACGAGAAAUCACCACUGAGGCUGUGGAAAUUCCAGAUAUCACUGAUGUUAAGACUAUCCAGCGCACAGAUAUCAUCACUGUAUCUCUGGAAAGGCCUAAGGAAAUUGCUCAAGUUGAGUAUAAGACCGAGGAAGUGGUUGAAGAAACUGAAGCAAUUGAAUUGGCCAAGGUGCCUAAGCCAAAGAAGCCAAAGAAAAAGAAGCAACCCGAAGAGGAGGAGGAAGCGCCAGUCGUGGAAGAGACAGAGCAAAUAGUAGACCUCGAGUCGAAAGCACGGCCAAAGGAAGAAAAGCCAAAGGAAGAGCCAGUGGUUGAAGAAAUUACUAUCCUUAAGAAAGAGGAGAAACCACGAGAAAUAACAACUGAGGCUGUCGAAAUUCCAGAUAUCACUGAUGUUAAGACUAUCCAGCGCACAGAUAUCAUCACUGAAUCUCUGGAAAGGCCCAAAGAAAUUCCUCAAGUUGAGUAUAAGACCGAGGAAGUGGUUGAAGAAACUGAAACAAUUGAAUUGGCCAAGGUGCCUAAGCCAAAGAAGCCAAAGAAAAAGAAGCAACCCGAAGAGGAGGAGGAAGCGCCAGUCGUGGAAGAGACAGAGCAAAUAGUAGACCUCGAGUCGAAAGCACGGCCAAAGGAAGAAAAGCCGAAGGAAGAGCCAGUGGUUGAAGAAAUUACUAUCCUUAAGAAAGAGGAGAAACCACGAGAAAUAACAACUGAGGCUGUCGAAAUUCCAGAUAUCACUGAUGUUAAGACUAUCCAGCGCACAGAUAUCAUCACUGAAUCUCUAGAAAGGCCCAAGGAAAUUGCUCAGGUUGAAUACAAGACGGAGGAAGUCGUCGAAGAGACGGAAACAAUUGAAUUGGCAAAGGUACCUAAGCCAAAGAAGCCAAAGAAAAAGAAGCAACCCGAAGAGGAGGAGGAAGCACCAGUUGUGGAAGAGACAGAGCAAAUAGUAGACCUCGAGUCGAAAGCACGACCAAAGGAAGAGAAGCCAAAGGAAGAGCCAGUGGUUGAAGAAAUUACUAUCCUUAAGAAAGAGGAGAAACCACGAGAAAUAACAACUGAGGCUGUCGAAAUUCCAGAUAUCACUGAUGUUAAGACUAUCCAGCACACAGAUAUUAUCACUGAAUCCCUAGAAAGGCCCAAGGAAAUUGCUCUGGUUGAAUACAAGACGGAGGAAGUCGUCGAAGAGACGGAAACAAUUGAAUUGACAAAGGUACCUAAGCCAAAGAAGCCAAAGAAAAAGAAGCAACCCGAAGAGGAGGAGGAAGCACCAGUUGUGGAAGAGACAGAGCAAAUAGUAGACCUCGAGUCGAAAGCACGACCAAAGGAAGAGAAGCCAAAGGAAGAGCCAGUGGUUGAAGAAGUUAUUAUCCUUAAGAAAGAAGAGAAACCACGAGAAAUAACAACUGAAGCUGUCGAAAUUCCAGAUAUCACUGAUAUUAAGACUAUUCAGCGCACAGAUAUCAUUACUGAAUCUCUGGAAAGGCCCAAGGAAAUUGCUCUGGUUGAAUACAAGACGGAGGAAGUCGUCGAAGAGACGGAAACAAUUGAAUUGACAAAGGUACCUAAGCCAAAGAAGCCAAAGAAAAAGAAGCAACCCGAAGAGGAGGAGGAAGCACCAGUUGUGGAAGAGACAGAGCAAAUAGUAGACCUCGAGUCGAAAGCACGACCAAAGGAAGAGAAGCCAAAGGAAGAGCCAGUGGUUGAAGAAGUUAUUAUCCUUAAGAAAGAAGAGAAACCACGAGAAAUAACAACUGAAGCUGUCGAAAUUCCAGAUAUCACUGAUAUUAAGACUAUUCAGCGCACAGAUAUCAUUACUGAAUCUCUCGAAAGGCCCAAGGAAAUUGCUCAGGUUGAAUACAAGACGGAGGAAGUCGUCGAAGAGACGGAAACAAUUGAAUUGGCAAAGGUACCUAAGCCAAAAAAGCCAAAGAAAAAGAAGCAACCCGAAGAGGAGGAGGAAAUGCCAGUUGUGGAAGAGACAGAGCAAAUAGUAGACCUUGAGACUAAAGCACGACCAAAGGAGGAGAAGCCAAAGGAAGAGCCAGUGGUUGAAGAAGUUAUUAUCCUUAAGAAAGAGGAAAAACCACUAGAAAUCACGACUGAGGCUGUGGAAAUUCCAGAUAUAACUGAUGUUAAAUCUAUUCAGCGCACAGAUAUCAUUACUGAAUCUCUGGAAAGGCCUAAGGAAAUUGCUCAGGUUGAAUACAAGACAGAGGAAGUUAUUGAAGAGACCGAAACAAUUGAAUUGGCCAAGGCUCCUAAGCCAAAGAAACCAAAGAAAAAGAAGAAACCUGAAGAGGAGGAGGAAGUGCUAGUUGUGGAAGAGACAGAGCAAAUAGUAGACCUUGAGUCAAAAGCACGACCUAUGGAAGAGAAGCCCGAAGAAGCACCACAAGAAAUUACAACAGAGGCAGUAGAAACACCAGAUAUUGCAUACAUUAAAACUAUCCAGCACACUGAUAUUGUCACUGAAGCUGUGGAGAAACCUAAGGAAAUUACAGAGCUAGAGGACAUCACCGAAGAGGUCGUUAAAGAAACAGAAAUAUUUGAUGUAGCUAAACUUAAGAAGCCUAAGAAGCCUAAAAGAAAAGGGAAGCCAGAGGAAAAAGAGAGAGAAGAUAUUACAGUUACAGAAGAAAUAUCAAUUGUUAAGAAAAGGACAGUAGAAACUGCCAAGGACUUUAAAGAUGUUCUUCAGACUGAAUUCACACAAGCACAUGUUUCUGAGGAGUUAGUUGUCUCUGAAUUUCCAGAAGCCACAAGUGCCCACAUAAGCCUUGUUGAAAGCCGUCCUGUUGUUAUAGAAGAAAUUAGCAGUGAGUUAAACACUGGUGAACUGGAAACUGAUGAAAAGCCAAAGGAAGAGAGACCGCAUACAGCAUUAACAGAAAGCAAAGCAGUUACUAUUGAAGAAGCAUUCACUUCUGAAAUGCCAGAAACUGUGAGUGUGCCUCAACAAGAAACACACGAGGCAUCACAAAGUGUAAUAAUAGAAGAAAAGUCGCUGGUUGUUGAGGAGACCACAUGUGAACAGUAUGCUCCAGAAUUCCUUGCUAAGGCACCCAGAAAAAAGCAAAAGGCAAAAAAAGUCCUCGAGCCUCAGCAAUCAGUAGAAGUAUUGGAAGCUGAAACCCUUUUGAGUACGCUAGAGUUAAAAGCACUGCCAAAAGAAAAAUACCAGAAAGCACUAGGCAUACUAGAGGAACAGUGUCUUGCUGUUAGUGACAUAGGAGAAGAGGAAAUAGCAUCGGAGUUUGCUCCUGAUGAUGUUCUCUCAAAGGAAGCAAGCAAGACUUUGCUUCUCUUUCCACAACGUCAAAUUGAUGUGAUAGAAGUAAUACCGGGUGUUGCCAGUGAGGAGCUUGUUAUUGAAAAAACAGCAGAAAAGAAAGGAAACUUAACCUUUGUUGAAGAGUCAAGAGAAGUUUCAGCAAUUUUGGAGGAGAUUCCUGCUGAGUUCCAGUCUGUAGACGUUCCAACAAAAGCUCUUACAUCUAGAAUAACUGAAACAGCCAGGAGUUACCCACAGUAUGAAGAGCAGGCAGCGGAAUUUCAUGAGGACAUACCUAUACAAGCGCACGCUGGCGAAAGUCAUGUAGAAUUGACAAGAGGAACACCUGCAGUGCAUGAGGUAGCUACUGAAUUUUUGGCAUCAGUGGAAAGGGAAUCUGUGGCGUCAGUUUCACAUGUAGAGAUUCCCAGAGAAGUCACCACAACUGAAGAGAUGGCUGCUCAUUUUGAUAUAUCUGCACCAGAAAAAACACAUCUAACAGUUGAGUUCACAGAGGUUCCACGCGACGCCAUUGAGAUCCAUGAGCUAGCUGCCGAAUUCAAGGCAGAUACAGUGAAAUCAUUGCAACCAGGAUCGACAAAUACAGGUGAUGUGAAAUCCUGUGUUGACACUGUAGAGAUGGCACCAUUAUUUGAGGCACCAUCAGUCAAGGAAGAAACCCUUGUGAAAGAUAUUGUUGAUGUUCGAAGGGAGACUCUAUUCAUUGAAGAAAUACAAACAGAAGAGCAAACCCAUGAAGCAGGCCUUGCAAUCAUUCCAGAGAAGAAAACUGCCCAGUCGUCGAAAGUCCUACCAUCAGAGCACCUCUCCAUUCAGGUGUCUCAAGUGACACCAGAUCAUGGGACGAGCGAGCUUCCUACUGAAGUGCCUACACAAAAGCAUCUCAAGCACUCUAUUGUGGAAGGAGUGUCCAUGACACAUGAGGUGGCCACUGUGCUUGAAACGGCUGCCGAACUGGAGGAAGCACCAGAUUUGACGAAGCAUGCAAAACCAGUGUUGGAACAAAAGCAGAGUAUCCUGGUUAAAGAUAUAGUUGCAGAAGCCUCUACUUCAGAUUCCAAGCCAAUUGAAUUGCCAGAUAUGCAUACUGCUGAGCUAAGGUUUCUGCCACUGGCACCAAUUACUGUAGAGGAAAGCGGUGUGCAUAUGACAACAAGUGCCUUUAAGGCAACUCCAGUUGCUGAGGCUAAAGCUGAAAUAGGCAUGGCAACAUCUCUAGGAAUUGAAGUCCAUGAAACCACACCAGGGUUAACAGGAUCAGAGUUAAAAACUGAGCCACUCCACAAAGGAGUCACACCAACCAGCACAUUCACCACCAUUGAGGCCCUCGCCAUAUCAACGGUGGAGACUGCUUUGAAAGAAGCUCAUGCCGACCAAUUCAAACCCCCAAAGGCAGUCAAUGCUUCACUCACAUUACUGACUGAAGAGUCUGUCCAAGUAACUGAAGUAGAAGCUAUGAGCAAGGAAGAACAUAUUGAAGUGCACCAAACACCAGCACAGGAACUCAGUGUAUCAGCUGUGGCACCAAACCGCCCUCUUCUUGUAUAUGAAGUGGAAGCACUAACUUCAGAGGAGGUGCUACCUCAGGAUAGGGACCUUCCGACAACAAAAGCAAAAUCUGAACUUUUAACUGAUCAGCCACUCCUAGUUUCAGAAGUUCCUGUUCUUAUGAAAGAAACCAACCUCCCAGAUGAAGCUAGGCCACCUACGUCCACUGCACCAUUUAGUAUUCCAACUGAACAACAUGUAUGUGUCACACAGGUUCCAGUGCUUAUAAAAGAGACUGAACUCCAGCUUGCGCAUAAGCCAUCAGGCACCAAAGCACCAUGCACUAUAGAUGCCCAGCAGCCAGUGAACGUUUCUCUCGUGUCAAGUUUCGUAAUGGAGGGAGAGUACACUCCAGAAAAAAUUCCAAGACAUUUAAAAGCUGAAGUCACAAUGCCAACCGAUACACCAAUAACAAUCUCAGAAACCCCAACACUGGGCAGAGAAGGUGAUUUAACAGUUGAAAAAGUACCACAAGGCAUUACAUCAACAAUGAAGGUGACAACAGAUGAGCCUUUAUCCAUUUCUGAACCUGUGAUAUUAGCGAAAGAAGAACACAUUGAAGCAUACUUUGAACCUAAGCAUGCUACUGCAGAGCCAAUCAUAACCACCAGUGAAAGCUUGUCAGUCCUUGCUGAGCCUGCCCUCAUGAAAGAAAGAUUGUUUGGGCUGCGAGAGCAGCCUAACGAGGUGACUGUUCCCUACACUAUCUCAACUGAACAACAUCUUGAGGUGUCUGAACACCCAGCUCUUGACAAGGAAGAAGUUCUGGAGCCUGGGAAGUUUCCAAAAGAGAUUAACGCUCCAUUUUCAGUUCCACUUGAAGAAUCCUUGACAAUUGAACAAGCAAAUCUUUUCACUAAAGAGUCAGACCUGAAAGCAAAAGAACUCCCAGCGACAGUCACAGCACCAUUUACAAUUCCCACUGAGCAGCAUGUUGUUAUCUCAGCAUAUGGAACCUUUGAUAAAGAAAAACUAUUAGAACAAGAAAAGCUUCCUGCUGAGGUAACAGCACCAUGUUCAAUGUUACUCGAAGAGCCUUUGACAAUUGAAGAUGUCAGUUUGUUUUCCAAGGAAUCUGAACUCAAGGCAAAAGAACUUCCUUCAGAGACUACAGCGCCAUACACACUUACAACACAACAGCAUGUUGUUAUUCACGAAUCCAAAGCUCUGGAUAAAGAGACUGCAUUCCAUGUUGACCGCGCUCCAGAUGAAGUCACAGCACCAUACUCAGUGCCAGUAGAGACGCCAUUAACAAUUGAGGAGAUCAGCCUUCUGGUGAAGGAGUCAGAGUUGAAACCAGAAAAGCCAGUCACAGAGAUCACUGCACCUUUUACAAUAUUAACAGAACAGCAUGUUGCUGUGACUGAACAUCCAAGCCUUGAUAAAGAGGAACUAUUUCAGCCAGAAAAGCUGCCUAGAGAGGUCACAGCACCAUUCUCAGUGCCCCUUGAGGAGUCUUUAACAGUAGAAGAAACAAGUCUCCUCACAAAAGAAUCCGAACUGAGGCCAGACACAGUACCUUCAGAAGUUACUGCUCCUUUCUCAGUUCCCACAGAACAGCAUGUUGUGGUAUCAGAGCAGCCAACUCUUGAGAAGGAAGAAUUUCGGCUUGAGGAACUUCCUAACCAAGUUACUGCACCAUUUACUGUACCACUUGAAGAAUCAGUUAUAAUACAAGAGACAAGCACUUUGGCAAAAGAGUCUGAGCUGAAGCAGGAUGUGCUGCCAGCAAAAGUUACAGCUCCUUUCUCUGUCUCUACAGAAAAGCAUGUUUUAGUGUGUGAUCGCCCAAUUUUUGAAAAAGAAGAAGAAUUUCAGCCCACAGUAUUUCCUCACGAAAUUUCUGCACCAUUUUCAGUGCCACUUCAGGAGUCAAUAGCAGUAGAACAAACAUGCCUUCUCACAAAAGAGACAGAGCUAAAGAAAGAAAAACAUCCUACAGAAGUUAUAGCUCCCUUCUCGCUGCCGACAGACCGGCACAUUGUGAUAUCUGAUCGCCCCACUUUUGAGAAGGAAGGAGAUUUCCAGCCUGAAAAGCUUCCUGCUGAAGUUACUGCGCCAUACUCUGUUCCAUGUGAAGAGUCGCUCACAAUAGAAGAAACAAGUCUUUUAACAAAGGAAUCAGAACUGAGCCAGGAAAAACUCCCAGCAGAAGUUACAGCUCCUUUCUCUGUUUCCACUGAGGAGCACAUUGUUGUAUUACAGCUUGAAAACCUUGAGAAGGAGGAAGAACUUCAGACUGAAAAAGUUCCAAGGAAACUUACAGCACCAUUUUCAGUACCAGUUCAAGAAUCUAUAGCAGUAGAAGAAACUAGCCUUCUAACAAAGGAAUCAGAAUUGAAGGAGGACAAAUUUCCAUCAGAAGUUACAGCUCCAUUUUCAGUUGCAGCUCAGCAGCAUGUUGUAAUAUCACAGUUCCCAGCUCUUGAAAAAGAAGAGGACUUUCAGCCUAGCAAACUUCCUAUCGAAGUUACUGCACCUUAUUCAGUUCCUCUGCAAGAGUCCAUAAUGGUUCAGCAAACAAACAUUCUGGCGAAAGAGUCAGAAAUGAAAGAGGAAAAAGUGCCUGAAGUGGUUAUAGCUCCUUUCUCAGUUCCAACAGAACAGCACAUUCUGAUAAGUCACCAUCCAGCUCUUGAAAAAGAAGUAGAACUUCAGCCUGAUAAACAACCUAAAGAAAUUACUGCACCUUUCUCAAUACCAUUCGAAGUAUCUUUAACAGUGGAAGAAACAAGUCUUUUCACAAAAGAGUCAGAACUAACGGAGGAAAGAGCUCCUGCACGCAUUGUGGCUCCCUUUUCAGUAUCAACAGCAGAGCACGUUAUGGUGUCUGACCAUCCAACUCUUGAAAAAGAAGAGGAACUUCAUGCUGGGGAACUUCCUAAGGAAGUUACUGUACGCUACUCUUUGCCAUAUGAAGAGUCAUUAACAGUGGAAGAGGCGAACAUUCUGGCAAAAGAGUCUGAGUUAAAAGAACAUAAACUUCCUGCAGAAGUUACAGCUCCUUUCUCUGUUUCAACAGUGGAACACAUUGCAGUGUCUCGCUCUACACUGCUUGAGAAAGAAGAAGAAUUUCAGCCUGGAAAACUUCCUAAAGAAAUAUCCGCAUCUUUCUCAAUACCAUUUGAUGAGCCCUUAUCAGUGGAAGAAACUAGCCUACUGGCAAAGGAGUCAGAGUUAAUGGAACAUAAACUUCCUGCAGGAGUCACGGCUCCAUUUUCUGUUCUGACUGAGCAGCAUGUUGUCAUCUCAGAGCAUCCAUGUCUCGAAAAAGAAGACAAAUUUCAACCUGGAAAACUUCCCAGUGAAAUUACUGCGCCGUUCUCAGUACGUUUAGAAGAGUCUUUAGCAGUACAGGAAACAAGCCUUCUGGCAAAAGAAUCUGAAUUACCAGAAGAGAAACUUCCUGCUCAAGUCACGCUUCCCUUUUCUCUGCCGACAGAGCAGCACGUCAUGAUAUCAGAGUACCCAACACUUGAAAAAGAAGAGGGUUUCCAGCCAGGAAAGGUUCCUGGGGAAGUCGUGGCGCAAUUUUCAGUUCCAUGUGAAGAGUCACUAAUGAUAGUGGAAACAAGUCUGCUUUCAAAGGAAACUGAACUCGCUCAAGAGAAACUUCCAACAGAAAUUACAGCGCCUUUCUCAGUUUCUACAGAGCAGCACAUAGAAGUAUUACAACCUCAGAACCUUGAGAAAGAAAGAGAAUUUCAAGUUGAGAAAAUUCCGAAGACAGUAACAGCACCAUUUUCAGUAUCACUUACAGAACCUCUAACAGUAGAAGAAACUAGCUUCCUCACAAAAGAAUCAGAAUUCAGGGAAGAAAAACUUCCUUCAACAGUUACAGCGCCAAUUUCAGUUCCUACUGAGCAACAUGUUGUAGUAUCACAGUUCUCAACUUUAGAAAAAGAAGAGGAGUUUCAGCCUGGGAAACUUCCUGGUGAAGUUACUGCACCUUUCUCAAUUCCAUUGGAAGAGUCGAUAACAGUUCUGCAGGCAAGUAUUCUUACAAAAGAGUCAGAGUUAAAAGAAGAAAAAGUUCCUGAAGAGUUUACAGCUCCUUUUUCAGUUCCCACAGAACAACAUGUUGUAGUGUCAGAGGAUGCUACAUUUGAGAAAGAAGAAGAAUUUCAUACGAACAAGCUCCCUAGCGAAAUUAGUGCACCGUAUACAGUUCUACUUGAAGAGUCACUCACAGUGGAGGAAACAAGCCUUUUUGCAAAAGAAGCAGAUAUGAAGGAAGAAAACCUACCUGCAAAGGUUACAGCACCUUUUUCAAUUUCCACAGGAGAGCACAUUUUGAUAACUGACCAGCCAUCCCUUGAGAAGGAAGAAGAAUUUGAGCCUGGAAAGCUUCCUAAAGGAGUGACUGCACCUUUCUCUGUGCCAUUUGAAGAGUCUCUUACAGUUGAAGAGACAAACCUUCUGACGAAGGAGUCAGAUUUAAAAGAGGACAAAUUGCCGGCAGAAACUACAGCUCCUUUCUCAGUUCCGACUGAGCAGCAUGUUGUUGUAUCAGAGCAUCCAUAUCUUGAGAAAGAGGGAGAAUAUCAGGCUGGGAAAAUUCCUAAAGAAGUCACUGCCCCUUUCUCUGUGCCAUUAGAAGAGUCCCUUACAGUGGAAGAGACGAGGUUUCUGACCAAAGAGUCAGAACUAAAGCAGGACAAAAUACCUGCAGAAGCUACAGCUCCUUUCUCAGUUUUGACAGAGCAGCAUGUUGUUGUAUCAGAGCAUCCACCUCUUGAGCGGGAAAACGAAUUUCACACAGGACAAAUCCCCAGUGAGAUUACAGCGCCAUUUUCAGUACCAUUAGAGGAAUCCUUAACUGUGGUAGAAACAAAUCUUUUGACAAAGGAGACUCAACUGGAAGAAGAUAAAUUUCCUGCAAAAAUUGCCAUACCGUUUUCAGUCCCUACUGAACAACACAUCAUGGUAUUACAACAGCGAUCUUUUGAAAAGGAAGAGGGCUUUCAGCCUCAAAAAAUUCCAGCUGAAAUAACGGCACCAUUUUCAGUACCCCUUGUAGAAUCUGUUACCAUAGAAGAGAUAAACCUCCUGGCGAAAGAAACAGAACUGAAGGAAGAAAAACAAAUUUCAGAAGUUGCAGCUCCUUUCUCAGUUCCUACUGAGCAGCACAUUUUGGUUUCACAGUUGUCAGCUCUUGAGAAAGAGGAGGAAUUCCAGCCUGGAAAACUUCCAGGAGAAGUCACAGCGCCAUUUUCAGUUCCACUACAAGAGUCGAUAACAGUUGAACAAAUUAGCAUUCUCACAAAAGAGUCAGAACUGAAGGAAGAAAAACAAGUUGCAGAAGUUACAGCUCCUUUCUCAGUUCCUGCUGAACAGCACAUUUUGGUAUCACAGUUUGCAACAUUUGAAAAAGAAGAGGACUUCCAGCCUGGAAAACUUCCAGGUGAAGUCACAGCCCCAUUUUCAGUUCCACUACAAGAAUCAAUAAAAGUUGAACAAGCCAGCAUUCUCACAAAAGAGUCGGAACUGAAGGAAGAAAAACCAAUUUCAGAAGUUAUAGCUCCUUUCUCAGUUCCUGCUGAGCAGCACAUUUUGGUAUCACAGUUCGCAACGUUUGAAAAAGAGGAGGACUUCCAGCCAGGUAAACUUCCAGGAGAAGUCACAGCCCCCUUUUCAGUCCCACUACAAGAGUCAAUAACAGUUGAACAAACCAGCAUUCUCACAAAAGAGUCGGAAUUGAAGGAAGAGAAGCAAGUUCCUGAAGUUACAGCUCCUUUCUCAGUUCCUGCUGAACAGCACAUCUUGGUAUCACAGUUUGCAACGUUUGAAAAAGAAGAGGACUUCCAGCCUGGAAAACUUCCAGGAGAAGUCACAGCACCAUUUUCAGUACCACUACACGAGCCAAUAACAAUUGAACAGACAAGCAUUCUCACGAAGGAGUCAGAACUUAAGGAGCAGAAACUGCCUGCAGAGCUUACUGCUCCAUUUACAAUCGCCACGGAGCAGCAUGUUUUCAUCUCUGAGCAACCAUUUCUUCAAAAAGAAGAGGGAUUUGAGCCUGCAGGUCUUCCCAGUGAAAUCAGUGCACCAUUCACUGUUCCUUCACAGGAAUCAGUGACAGUAGAAGAAACAAGCUCUUUCACAAAAGAAUCCGUGCUCAUAACAAAAGAGCUUCCAAAAGAAACUAAUGCUGUUACCUCACUCCCCACAGAACAGCACAUCAUAGUUUCUGAACUUCCAACACUUGACAAGGAAAGCGUUUUCCUGCCUGGCACACUCCCCGGUGAGGUUACUGCACCAUAUACUAUACCACUUGAGGAGUCUUUGACAGUACAAGAAAUUAGACAUGUUGCAGAAGUUUCUCAGUUAGCAGCAAAUGAUUUUCCGAAGAAAAUUUCUGCACCAUACUCAAUACCCACAGAGGAACAUGUAGUAAUAUCUGACCAACCAACCCUGUACAAAGAGCAAGAUUUCCAGGCUGAUAAGAAACCAGGAGAAGUAACUGCACCUUUUUCACUGCCUGUUGCUGAAUCUUUGACCAUUGAGGAGACAAGCUCGCUGUUAAAAGAGUCCAAGUUAGACACAGAGAGACAACCAUCCGAAGUUAGCGCACUCAUGAUGUUGCCUACAGAGCAUCAUGUCACAGUAGUAGAGGAGCGCCCAUCUCUAGACAAAGAGGAGCCACUACAGCUUGAAAAAAUUCCUGGUGAGGUAACUGCACCUUUCUCAAUUGGUCUCAAAGAACCACUAACUGUAGAAGCAACAGAUUUUCUUCUGAAAGAAUCGGAGUUGAAGACAGACCAACGUCCAUCUGAAAUCAGUGCACCAUAUACUAUACCAACAGAUCGACAUGUUUUCAUAUCUCACUCGCAACAGUUUGAUAAGGAGCAAGAACUGGCACCACACACUGCUCCAGGUGAGAUGAAUGCACCGUACUCACUGUUACUAGAAGAAUCAAUAACCAUCGAAGAAAAACAAGUCUUUAGUAAGGAAUCUGAGUUUGCUGUAAAGGAGUCAAACAAGGAGGUAAUAGCUCCUUUCGAUAUUCCAACCGAGCACCAUCUGGUGGUUUCUGACUCCUCAGUUCUUGAAAAAGAAACUAUAUUUAGAUCUGAAGAACUGCCACGCGAAAUGAAAGCUCCUUACACGUUGCCAACGGUGAUUUCACUAACGGUUCAAGAAACACCUGAAUUAUCUAAAGAGUCAGAGUUGCUUUUGAAAAAGCUUCCAGAUGAAUCCCUUGCAUCUCUUUCUAUACCCACCGAAGAGCACAUUACUAUUGUUGAAACAGCUACCUUUUCAAAGGAAGAUGAGUUGCAUACAAAAGUAACAGAAAAGCCAGUUGUUGCUGAGAAAAAUGUGUCUACCCAGGAAACUAUCUCAAUUUUAGAGAUGUCUACAUUGACGAAAGAGAGUGAUUUGGCUUAUGAAGAAAUACCAAAGCACAUGAAAGCCAGUUUUGUUCUAGAUUCUCUAGAACCGAUAACAGUGCAAGAGUUUAACUUUGGCCUAAUGGCUGAUGAAUUUUUCAUUAAAGAAAGACCUGAAGAAAUAAGCCCCAGGGACAUACCUCUUAUUUCAGAUGAAAUCAAGCAUGAAGCACAUGUCCAGGAACCUGUGCCAAAAGAUAAGGAACAAGUUAGUGAAGGUCUAACUAUACAAGAAAUAACUGAAGAAUCCACUCAACACGAAGAGACUUCAUCAUGCAUUGUUGUAGAGGAAGAAAUAUUAGAUCAUGCAGAAGCAGGAAUUGAAGUGAAAAAGAAGACAAAAAAGAAAUAUGUCCGAUUUGAUGACACAGCUGGCACCCAGGAAGUUACAGAAGUGCUGCAUACAUUUACCAGAACUGCACCUGAAGGCACCUCACUUAAGAUAGAAGAUGUCACUGAAGAGUAUGAAAAUGCAUCAGAAGUACAAGAAAAAAGCAGUCAAGAGCCUAUAAUUGAAGAAGUUGAAGAGGUGCAACCAACACAGAAAAUCAAGAAAAAGAAAGAAAAGCCAGAUGAACAAAAGCUUACUGAAAUAACACUCCACCCAAAAAUUGAAGAAACUGAAGAGGAGGAAGCCACUAGGAAAGAAGUAACAGUUCAAGAUGAGAAGCAACCGAAAGAUAAGAAGAAAAAGAAGGUACUCAAGAAAAAGAAGCCAGAGGUCACAGAGAUUGAAUUGAAACCAAAGGAAGUAACCCCUGAGGAAAUUCAGGAAGUGAUUGAAGUCAAAGAAUUUGACGAGAAAGUGGAAGAAAUUACUGAGUUUGACAUCCAGAUUAAGAAGCUGCCCAAGCCUGAAGAAAUAAUCGACAUAACUGUUACAUCAGAAGAAGUACCUCAGCUUGAUGUUAGCCAAGCGAUAAAAAAGCCAAUUGAACUUGAGAGUAUUGAGAAACCAGAAGAGAAGCUUGAAGAAGCACCUGAGGAGAAGCCAGAAGAGCAGAUUGAAGAAAAGCCUAAAGAAAAGAAGAAAAAGAAGGUGGUUAAGAAAAAGGAAAAACCUGAGGUAACAGAAAUUGAGCUAAAACCAAAAGAAGAAGCCCCUGAGGAAAUUCAGGAAGUGAUUGAAGUCAAAGAAAUUGAAGAGAAAGUUGAAGAAAUCACUGAGUUUGACAUCAAGAUUAAGAAGCUGCACAAACCUGAAGAAGUGAUCGAUAUAACGGUUACAUCAGAAGAAGUACCUCAGCUUGAUGUCACACAAGUGAUUGAAAAGCCAAUUGAAGUCGAGAGCAUUGAGAAACGAGAAAAGAAGCCUGAAGAAGCCUCUGAGGAGAAGCCAGAAGAGGAGAUCGAAGAGAAGCCUAAAGAAAAGAAGAAAAAGAAGGUGGUUAAGAAAAAGGAAAAGCCUGAGGUCACAGAAAUUGAGCUAAAACCAAAAGAAGAAGCCCCUGAGGAAAUCGAGGAAGUUAUUGAAGUCAAGGAAAUUCAAGAGAAAGUGGAAGAAAUUACUGAGUUUGACAUCAAGAUUGAGAAGCUGCGCAAGCCUGAAGAAGUAAUCGAUAUAACGGUUACAUCAGAAGAAGUACCUCAGCUUGAUGUCACACAAGUGAUUGAAAAGCCAGUUGAAGUCGAGAGCAUUGAGAAACGAGAAGAGAAGACUGAAGAAGCACCUGAGGAGAAGCCAGAAGAGCAGAUUGAAGAAAAGCCUAAAGAAAAGAAGAAAAAGAAGGUGGUUAAGAAAAAGGAAAAGCCUGAGGUCACAGAAAUUGAGCUAAAACCAAGAGAAGAAGCCACUGAGGAAAUUCAGGCAAUGAUUGAAGUCAAAGAAAUUGAAGAGAAAGUUGAAGAAAUCACUGAGUUUGACAUCAAGAUUAAGAAGCUGCACAAGCCUGAAGAAGUAAUCGAUAUAACGGUUACAUCAGAAGAAGUACCUCAGCUUGAUGUCACACAAGUGAUUGAAAAGCCAGUUGAAGUUGAGAGCAUUGAGAAACGAGAAGAGAAGCCUGAAGAAGCCCCCGAGGAGAAGCGAGAGGAGGAGAUCGAAGAAAAGCCUAAAGAAAAGAAGAAAAAGAAGGUGAUUAAGAAGAAGGAAAAGCCAGAUGUCACAGAGGUUGAACUUAAACCAAAAGACGAAGCCGCCAAGGAAAUUGGGGAAGUGACUGAAAUCAAAGAAAUUGAAGAGAAAGUGGAAGAAAUUACUGAGUUUGAUAUCAAGAUUAAGAAGCUGCACAAGCCUGAAGAAGUAAUCGAUAUAAAGGUUACGUCAGAAGAAGUACCUCAGCUUGAUGUCACACAAGUGAUUGAAAAGCCAGUUGAAGUUGAGAGCAUUGAGAAACGAGAAGAGAAGCCUGAAGAAGCCCCCGAGGAGAAGCGAGAGGAGGAGAUCGAAGAAAAGCCUAAAGAAAAGAAGAAAAAGAAGGUGAUUAAGAAGAAGGAAAAGCCAGAUGUCACAGAAGUUGAACUUACACCAAAAGACGAAGCCGCCAAGGAAAUUGAGGAAGUGACUGAAAUCAAAGAAAUUGAAGAGAAAGUGGAAGAAAUUACUGAGUUUGAUAUCAAGAUUAAGAAGCUGCACAAGCCUGAAGAAGUAAUCGAUAUAAAGGUUACGUCAGAAGAAGUACCUCAGCUUGAUGUCACACAAGUGAUUGAAAAGCCAGUUGAAGUCGAGAGCAUUGAGAAACGAGAAGAGAAGCCUGAAGAAGCCUCUGAGGAGAAGCCAGAAGAGGAGAUCGAAGAGAAGCCUAAGGAAAAGAAGAAAAAGAAGGUGGUUAAGAAAAAGGAAAAGCCUGAGGUCACAGAAAUUGAGCUAAAACCAAAAGAAGAAGCCCCUGAGGAAAUUCAGGAAGUGAUUGAAGUCAAAGAAAUUGAAGAGAAAGUGGAAGAAGUCACUGAGUUUGACAUCAAAAUUGAGAAGCUGCACAAGCCUGAAGAAGUAAUCGAUAUAACGGUUACAUCAGAAGAAGUACCCCAGCUUGAUGUUACCCAAGCGAUAAAAGAGCCAAUUGAACUUGAAAGUAUUGAGCAACGAGAAGAGAAGCCUGAAGAAGCCUCUGAGGAGAAGCCAGAAGAGGAGAUCGAAGAGAAGCCUAAAGAAAAGAAGAAAAAGAAGGUGAUUAAGAAAAAGGAAAAGCCUGAGGUCACAGAAAUUGAGCUAAAACCAAAAGAAGAAGCCCCUGAGGAAAUCGAGGAAGUUAUUGAAGUCAAGGAAAUUCAAGAGAAAGUGGAAGAAAUUACUGAGUUUGACAUCAAGAUUGAGAAGCUGCGCAAGCCUGAAGAAGUAAUCGAUAUAACGGUUACAUCAGAAGAAGUACCUCAGCUUGAUGUCACACAAGUGAUUGAAAAGCCAAUUGAAGUCGAGAGCAUUGAGAAACGAGAAGAGAAGACUGAAGAAGCCCCCGAGGAGAAGCCAGAAGAGGAGAUCGAAGAAAAGCCUAAAGAAAAGAAGAAAAAGAAGGUGAUUAAGAAGAAGGAAAAACCAGAGGUCACAGAGGUUGAACUUAAACCAAAAGAAGAAGCCCCCAAGGAAAUUGAGGAAGUGACCGAAAUCAAAGAAAUUGAAGAGAAAGUGGAAGAAAUUACUGAGUUUGACAUCAAGAUUAAGAAGCUGCACAAGCCUGAAGAAGUAAUCGAUAUAAAGGUUACGUCAGAAGAAGUACCUCAGCUUGAUGUCACACAAGUGAUUGAAAAGCCAGUUGAAGUCGAGAGCAUUGAGAAACGAGAAGAGAUGCCUGAAGAAGCCUCUGAGGAGGUCGAAGAGAAGCCUAAGGAAAAGAAGAAAAAGAAGGUGGUUAAGAAAAAGGAAAAGCCUGAGGUCACAGAGAUUGAGCUAAAACCAAAAGAAGAAGCCCCCGAGGAAAUUCAGGAAGUGAUUGAAGACAAAGAAAUUGAAGAGAAAGUUGAAGAAGUCACUGAGUUUGACAUCAAAAUUGAGAAGCUGCACAAGCCUGAAGAACUAAUCGAUAUAACGGUUACAUCAGAAGAAGUACCCCAGCUUGAUGUUACGCAAGCGAUAAAAGAGCCAAUUGAACUUGGAAGUAUUGAGAAACGAGAAGAGAAGCCUGAAGAAGCCUCUGAGGAGAAGCCAGAAGAGGAGAUCGAAGAGAAGCCUAAAGAAAAGAAGAAAAAGAAGGUGAUUAAGAAAAAGGAAAAGCCUGAGGUCACAGAAAUUGAGCUAAAACCAAAAGAAGAAGCCCCUGAGGAAAUCGAGGAAGUUAUUGAAGUCAAGGAAAUUCAAGAGAAAGUGGAAGAAAUUACUGAGUUUGACAUCAAGAUUGAGAAGCUGCGCAAGCCUGAAGAAGUAAUCGAUAUAACGGUUACAUCAGAAGAAGUACCUCAGCUUGAUGUCACACAAAUGAUUGAAAAACCAGUUGAUGUCGAGAGCAUUGAGAAACGAGAAGAGAAGCCUGAAGAAGCCCCCGAGGAGAAGCCAGAAGAGGAGAUCGAAGAAAAGCCUAAAGAAAAGAAGAAAAAGAAGGUGAUUAAGAAGAAGGAAAAGCCAGAGCUCACAGAGGUUGAACUUAAACUAAAAGAAGAAGCCCCCAAGGAAAUUGAGGAAGUGACUGAAAUGAAAGAAAUUGAAGAGAAAGUGGAAGAAAUUAAAGAGUUUGACAUCAAGAUUGAAGAGCUUCGCAAGCCUGACGAAGUUGAUAUAACAGUCACAUCGGAAGGAAUACCUCAGCCUGAUGUUACACAAGUGAUAGAAAAACCUAUUGAACUCAAGGGCAUUGAGAAACCAGAAGAAAAGCCUGAAGAAGCCCCCGAGGAGAAGCCAGAAGAGCAGAUUGAAGAAAAGCCGAAAGAAAAGAAGAGAAAGAAGGUGAUUAAGAAGAAAGAAAAGCCAGAGGUCACAGAGGUUGAACUUAAACCAAAAGAAGAAGCCCCCAAGGAAAUCGAGGAAGUGACUGAAAUCAAAGAAAUUGAGGAGAAAGUGGAAGAAAUUACAGAGUUUGACAUCAAGAUUGAGAAGCUGCACAAGCCUGAAGAAAUAAUGGAUAUAACGGUUGCAGCGGAUGAAGUACCUAAAGUUGAUUUCACACAAGUUAUUGAAAAGCCAGUUGAACUCAAGAGCAUUGAGAAACCAGAAGAAAUGCCUGAAGAAGUCCCUGAAGAAAAGCCGGAAGAGCAGGUUGAAGAAAAGCCUAAAGAAAAGAAGAAAAAGAAGGUUAUUAAGAAGAAGGAAAAGCCAGAGGUCACAGAGGUUGAACUGAAACCAAAAGAAGAAGCCCCCGAGGAAAUCGAGGAAGUUAUUGAAGUCAAGGAAAUUCAAGAGAAAGUGGAAGAAAUUACUGAGUUUGACAUCAAGAUUGAGAAGCUUCACAAGCCUGAGGAAGUAGUUGAUAUAACAGUCACAUCGGAAGGAAUACCUCAGCCUGAUGUUACACAAGUGAUAGAAAAACCUAUUGAACUCGAGAGCAUUGAGAAACCAGAAGAAAAGCCCCAAGAAGUGCCUGAGCAGAAGCCCGAAGAGCAGAUUGAAGAAAAGCCGAAAGAAAAGAAGAAAAAGAAGGUGACUAAGAAGAAGGAAAAGCCAGAUGUCACAGAGGUUGAACUGAAACCAAGAGAAGAAGCCCCCAAGGAAAUGGAGGAAGUGACUGAAAUCAAAGAAAUUGAAGAGAAAGUGGAAGAAAUUACCGAGUUUGACAUCACGAUUGAGAAGCUUCACAUGCCUGAAGAAGUUGAUAUAACAGUCACAUCGGAAGGAAUACCUCAGCCUGAUGUUACACAAAUGAUAGAAAAACCUAUUGAAUUCGAGAGCAUUGAGAAACCAGAGAAGCCUGAAGAAACCCCCGAGGUUAAGCCAGAAGAGGAGAUCGAAGAAAAGCCUACAGAAAAGAAGAAAAAGAAGGUGAUCAAGAAGAAGGAAAAGCCAGAGGUCACAGAGGUUGAACUUAAACCAAAAGAAGAAGCCCCCACAGAAAUUGAGGAAGUGGCUGAAAUCAAAGAAAUUGAAGAGAAAGUGGAAGAAAUUACCCAGUUUGACAUCAAGAUUGGGGAGCUUCGCAAGCCUGACGAAGUUGAUAUAACAGUCACAUCGGAAGGAAUACCUCAGCCUGAUGUUACACAAGUGAUAGAAAAACCUAUUGAACUCAAGGGCAUUGAGAAACCAGAAGAAAAGCCUGAAGAAGCUCCUGAGGAGAAACUAGAAGAGGAGAUUGAAGAAAAGCCUAAGGAAAAGAAGAAAAAGAAGGUGAUUAAGAAAAAGGAAAAGGCAGAGGUCACAGAGAUUGAGUUGAAACCAAAAGAAGCUCCCGAAGAUACUCAAGAAGUGAUUGAAGUCAAGGAAAUUGAAGAGGAAGUGGAAGAAGUUACUGAGUUCGACAUCAAGAUUGAGAAGCUGCGCAAGCCUGAAGUAAUCGGCAUACCGGUUGCAGCGGAAGAAGUACCUCAACUUGAUGUCACACAAGUUAUUGAAAAGCCAGUUGAACUCGAGAGCAUUGAGAAACCAGAAGAAAUGCCUGAAGAAGUCCCUGAAGAAAAGCCGGAAGAGCACGUUGAAGAAAAGCCUAAAGAAAAGAAGAAAAAGAAGGUUAUUAAGAAGAAGGAAAAGCCAGAGGUCACAGAGGUUGAACUGAAACCAAAAGAAGAAGCCCCUGAGGAAAUCGAGGAAGUUAUUGAAGUCAAGGAAAUUCAAGAGAAAGUGGAAGAAAUUACUGAGUUUGACAUCAAGAUUGAGAAGCUUCACAAGCCUGAGGAAGUAGUUGAUAUAACAGUCACAUCGGAAGGAAUACCUCAGCCUGAUGUUACACAAGUGAUAGAAAAACCUAUUUAUCUCGAGAGCAUUGAGAAACCAGAAGAGAAGCUUCAAGAAGUCCCUGAGGAGAAGCCCGAAGAGCAGAUUGAAGAAAAGCCGAAAGAAAAGAAAAAAAAGAAGGUGACUAAGAAGAAGGAAAAGCCAGAUGUCACAGAGGUUGAACUGAAACCAAAAGAAGAAGCCCCCAAGGAAAUGGAGGAAGUGACUGAAAUCAAAGAAAUUGAAGAGAAAGUGGAAGAAAUUACAGAGUUUGACAUCAAGCUUGAGAAGCUUGACAAGCCUGAAGAAAUAGUUGAUAUAACAGUGACAUCGGAAGGAAUACCUCAGCCUGAUGUUACACAAGUGAUAGAAAAACCUAUUGAACUCGAGAGCAUUGAGAAACCAGAAGAAAAACCUGAAGAAGUCCCUGAGGAGAAGCCAGAAGAGCAGAUUGAAGAAAAGCCGAAAGAAAAGAAGAAAAAGAAGGUGAUUAAGAAGAAGGAAAAGCCAGAGGUCACAGAGGUUGAACUGAAACCAAAAGAAGCCCCCAAGGAAAUUGAGGAUGUGACUGAAAUCAAAGAAACUGAAGAGAAAGUAGAAGAAAUUGCAGAGUUUGGCAUCAAAAUUGAGGAGCUUCGCAAGCCUGAGGAAGUAGUUGAUAUAACUGUCACAUCAGAAGGAGUACCUCAGCCUGAUGUUACAGAAGUGAUAAAAAAACCUAUUGAACUUGAGAGCAUUGAGAAACCAGAAGAGAAGCCUGAAGAGGCCCCUGAGGAGAAACCAGAUGAGUUGUUCGAGGAAAAGCCUAAAGAAAAGAAGAAGAAGAAGGUUACUAAGAAGAAGGAGAAGCCUGAAGCUGGUGAAGUAGAAUUGACACCUAAAGAAAUACAUCCAGAAGACGUCUUGGAUGUUGUUGACUCAAAGAAAGUAAGGGAAAAAGCACAGGUAAAAGAAUUUGAUCAGACAGUAGAAAACGUUGAGAAACCUGAGGAAGUUACUGAGUGUGUCGAGGUUGAGGAGGCUCCUAAAGCAGAGCUUGUAGAAACUACAAAAAUUCCCUCAAAAGUUGAAGAGGUGGAGAAAUUUGAGAGAACAGUGGAUGAAAGUAUUCCUAAGCCCCAAAAGAAGCCAAAGCAAAAACGCAAGCUUUCUAUAAAGGUGUUAGAUGCAGAAGAUGAUGCUACAUCACCCACAAGCGUAGACUUUAAAUUCAUAAAACCAGUUCCCGAAGAAAAACUUAGCGAGGAACCUGUAGAACUUGUUUAUGAAACACACAGAGAAGAAACAAUUGAUAUUGAAGUUACAUUAGAGAGCUUACCCCAGCCAACUGUUGAAGAAGUUCAAACAGAACCUUUGAAGAAAGAAGAGGAAGCCACUGAAGCACCCAAAGAACCUGAAGUUUCUCAAGAAAAGAUGCCCGAAGAAAUAGAUUCUACUGACAAACCAAAGAUCAUUCGGCCUAAGUCUGAGCAGCCAAAAGUUAAAAGAAGGCCAAAGCAUAGACCUGAUAUCAUACCUGAGGAAGAAGAGUUCUUUUCAGCUGGUGAAAGUGUUGACUUUGAAGAAAGGGAUGCAGAAAUUUAUGAGCAUGCUGACAUUGAACUGGAAGCAGUAACUGUAGAUGAAGCAGAGAUUUUUGAGUCUGCAAUUGGCUCCAGUGAGCUGCCAGUGCUUCAAGAAGCAUUAACCUCAUCUAUGGAACUUCGAUCAACAGAGGAAGCCACUAAAGAGGCACCAGAGGUUAUCUCUCGACCCAAAGAUGAGCUUUUAAUUACAGAGAGGGUUGCCAGCUUCCUUGACACUGUUGAAAGUGCAAAGCUCACUGAAGUACAUGAAGACGAUUCCUUGUUAGAACAGGCUAUUGCAACAACCUUAGUGCCUAGUGAGGUUCCAAGUGCAGAAGAAUUCGAAGUCUUAGUGAAAGAAGGCGAGGAGCUUAUUACGUUAGAAAUGAAAUUAUUUAGUGACACAAUGGAGCAAGAGCAAGAACUGCAAGUCGUCUUUGAAGAAGUGAAAGAAGCACUGGCUCCUGUACAGCCAUCCAUUUCAGAGCAACCAGAGGUUACUCCAAAACGAAGAAGAAAGGCCCCAGAAAAGCCAGAAGAUGAAGCUCCCCGAGAUAUCACAGCAGAAAAGCCAGAAGAGACACCAAAGCCUGAGGAGGCACCAGAAGAAGUCAAAGUGGAACAGGCAAAAGCAGAAGAGAAAGCUCCUGAAGAAGCCAAGAUUAAAAUUAAGAAGAAACCCAAAAAGCCCAAAAUUACCGAAGAAGCACCUGAGGAAACUGUCAUUCUGAAGAAGCCAGAAGAAAAACCAGAGGAGACUCCGAAGGAAGUCACAGAAGAUGUCACAGUCUCCUUGCUGGAAAAGCCGGAAGAGGCUCGAAAGCCUGAGGAGGCACCACAAGAAGUCACAGUGGAAGAGGCAAAACCAGAAGAGAAAGCUCCUGAAGAAGCCAAGAUUAAAAUUAAGAAGAAACCCAAAAAGCCCAAAAUUACCGAAGAAGCACCUGAGGAAACUGUAAUUCUGAAGAAGCCAGAAGAAAAACCAGAGGAGAUUCCGAAGGAACUUACAGAAGAUGUCACAGUCUCCUUGCUGGAAAAGCCAGAAGAGGCUCCAAAACCUGAGGAGGCACCAGAAGAGGUUAAAGUGGAAAAGACCCCUGAGGAAGCAGAACUUAAAGUAAAGAAAAAACGCAAGACGCCCAAGGUUACUGAGGAAGCACCAGAGGAAACUGGCAUCCUGAAGAAACCAGAAGAAGAACUAGAGGAAGUUUCUAAGGAUGCCAUAGAUGUCACAGUCUCCUUGGCAGAAAAGCCAGAAGAGGUUCCAAAGCCUGAAGAAGUACCAGAAGAAGUUAAGGUGGAAGAGGCCAAACCAGAAGAGAAAGCACCUGAAGAAACAGAACUUAAGAUCAAGAAGAAACACAAAAAGCCCAAGCUUACUGAAGAAGCACCUGAGGAAAUUGUCGUUCUCAAGAAAGCAGAGGGAAAACCAGAGGAGAUUCCUGAGGAAGUUACGGAAGAUGUCACAGUCUUGUUGCUGGAAAAGCCAGAAGAGGUUCGGAAGCCUGAGGCACCAGAAGUCAAAGUGGAAGAGGGAAAACCAGAAGAGAAAGCUCCUGAAGAAGCAGAACUUAAGAUCAAGAAGAGACGCAAAAAGCCUGAGAUUACUGAGGAAGCACCUGAGGAAACUGUCAUUCUGAAGAAGCCAGAGGAAAAACCGGAGGAGAUUCCGAAGGAAGUUACAGAAGAUGUCACAGUCUCUUUACUGGAAAAGCCGGAAGAGGCUCCAAAGCCUGAGGAGGGACCACAAGAAGUCACAGUGGAAGAGGCAAAACCAGAAGAGAAAGCUCCCGAAGAAGCCAAGAUUAAAAUUAAGAAACCCAAAAAGCCCAAAAUUACCGAGGAAGCACUUCAGGAAACUGUCGUACUGAAGAAGCCAGAAGAAAAAUCAGAGGAGAUUCCGAAAGAAGUUACAGAAGAUGUCACAGUCUCCUUGCUGGAAAAGCCUGAAGAGGCUCCACAGCCUGAGGAGGCACCAGAAGAAGUCAAAGUGGAAGAGGAAAAAGCAGAAGAGAAAGCUCCUGAAGAAGCCAAGAUUAAAAUUAAGAAGAAAACCAAAAAGCCCAAAAUUACCGAAGAAGCACCUGAGGAAACUGUCAUUCUGAAGAAGCCAGAAGAAAAACCAGAGGAAAUUCCGAAGGAAGUUACAGAAGAUGUCACAGUCUCUUUGCUGGAAAAGCCGGAAGAGGCUCCAAAGCCUGAGGAGGCACCACAAGAAGUCACAGUGGAAGAGGCAAAACCAGAAGAGAAAGCUCCUGAAGAAGCCAAGAUUAAAAUUAAGAAGAAAACCAAAAAGCCCAAGAUUACCGAAGAAGCACCUGAGGAAACUGUCAUUCUGAAGAAGCCAGAAGAAAAACCAGAGGAAAUUCCGAAGGAAGUUACAGAAGAUGUCACAGUUUCCUUGCUGGAAAAGCCGGAAGAGGCUCCAAAGCCUGAGGAGGCACCACAAGAAGUCACAGUGGAAGAGGCAAAACCAGAAGAGAAAGCUCCUGAAGAAGCCAAGAUUAAAAUUAAGAAGAAACCCAAAAAGCCCAAAAUUACCGAGGAAGCACCUGAGGAAACUGUCGUACUGAAGAAGCCAGAAGAAAAACCAGAGGAGAUUCCGAAGGAAGUUACAGAAGAUGUCACAGUCUUCUUGCUGGAAAAGCCGGAAGAGGCUCCAAAGCCUGAGGAGGCACCAGAAGAAGUCAAAGUGGAAGAGGCAAAACCAGAAGAGAAAGCUCCUGAAGAAGCCAAGAUUAAAAUUAAGAAGAAACCCAAAAAGCCUGAGAUUACCGAGGAAGCACCUGAGGAAAUUGUCAUUCUGAAGAAGCCAGAAGAAAAACCAGAAGAGCUUCCGAAGGAAGUUACGGAAGAUGUCACGGUCCCCUUGCUGGAAAAGCCGGAAGAGGCACCAAAGCUCGAGGAGGCGCCAGAAGAUGUCAAAGUGGAAGAGGGAAAACUAGAAGAGAAAGCUCCUGAAGAAGCAGAACUUAAGAUCAAGAAACGCAAAAAGCCUGAGAUUACUGAGGAAGCACCCGAGGACACUGUUGUUCUGAAGAAGCCAGAAGAAAAACCUGAGGAGCUUCCUCAAGAAAUUGAGAAAGAUUUCACAGCCUCCUUGGAAGAAAAGCCUAAAGAGACUCCGAAGCCAGAGGAGGUACCAGAAGAAGUUAGCAUGGACGAGGCCAAACCAGAAGACAAGAGAGAAGUUGCCGAAGAGGAGGCUAAACUUACUAUUAAGAAGGCCAAGAAAGUAAAAGUGACAGAUGAGACAGCUGAAGAGAAAGUAACAUUAAAGAAGGUUGAAGAAAAACAUGAAGUUCCUGAGGAAAUCACAGAGGAUGUCACUGUGAAAUUAGAAGAAGCACCAGAGGAAGCUCCUCAGCCUGAAGAAGCUCCUGAAGAAAUUACGAUCGAAGAGAAACCUAAACCAGUUGAGAAAAAGGAUGCUGUAGAAGAGGAGGCCAAGCUCACCAUCAAGAAAAAAUCUAAGAAACCAAAAGUCGUUGAAGAGGCACCUGAAGAGACAAUGACAGUGAAAAAGCCUGUGGAAAAAACAGAACGUCCUGAAGAAAUCUCUGAGGAUAUCACUGUGACAUUAGAAGAAAAACCGAAAGAAACUCCAAAGCCUGAGGAAGCUCCUGAAGAACUUAUAAUCGAAGAGAAACCUGUACCAGUAGAGAAAAAGGAGAUUGUAGAAGAAGAGGCCAAGCUCACCAUCAAAAAGAAACCUAAGAAACCAAAAGUCAUUAAAGAGACACCUGAAGAGACCGUGACACUGAAAAAGCCUGAAGAGCAGCUGGAAGAACAUCCAGAGGAAAUCGCUGAUGAUGUGACUGUAACACUGGUAGAGAAACCACAGGAAACUCCAAGGCCUGAAGAAGGUCCUGAAGAACUGACGAUCGAAGAGAAACCUAAACCAGUUGAGAAAAAGGAAGUUGUAGAAGAGGAGGCCAAGCUCACCAUCAAAAAGAAGCCCAAGAAACCAAAAUUCACUGAGGAGGCACCUGAGGAGACCGUUACAGUGAAGAAACCCGAAGAACAACCGGAAGAACAUCCGGAGGAAAUCACUGAGGAUGUCACUGUGACAUUAGAAGAAAAACCAGAGGAAACUCCUAAGCUUGAAGAAGCUCCUGAAGAACUAACGAUCGAAGAGAAACCUAAACCAGUUGAGAAAAAGGAUAUUGUAGAAGAGGAGGCCAAGCUUACCAUCAAAAAGAAACCCAAGAAACCAAAAGUCAUUAAAGAGGCACCUGAAGAGACAGUGACACUGAAGAAGCCUGAAGAACAACCGGAAGAACGUCUAGAGGAAAUCACCGAGGAUGUUACUGUUACAUUGGAAGAAAAGCCAAAGGAAACCGCAAGGCCUGAAGAAGCUCCAGAAGAACUGACGAUAGAAGAGAAACCUAAACCAGUUGAGAAAAGGGAAUUUGUAGAAGAGGAAGCCAAGCUUACCAUCAAAAAGAAGCCCAAGAAACCAAAAGUCAUUGAAGAUGCACCUGAGGAGACGGUUACAGUGAAGAAGCCCGAAGAACAACCGGAGGAACGUCCUGAAGAAAUCAGUGAGGAUGUCACUAUAACUUUAGAAGAAAAGCGAAAGGAAACUCCUAAGCCUGAAGAAGCUCCUGAAGAGCUGACGGUCGAAGAGAAACCUAAACCCGUUGAGAAAAAGGAAGUUGUAGAAGAGGAAGCCAAGCUCACCAUCAAAAAGAAACCAAAGAAACCAAAAGUCAUUGAAGAGGCACCUGAGGAGACUGUUACAGUGAAGAAGCCCGACGAACAACCGGAGGAACGUCCUGAAGAAAUCAGUGAGGAUGUCACUAUAACUUUAGAAGAAAAGCCAAAGGAAACUCCUAAGCCUGAAGAAGCUCCUGAAGAGCUGACGGUCGAAGAGAAACCUAAACCAUUUGAGAAAAAGGAAGUUGUAGAAGAGGAGGCGAAGCUAACCAUCAAAAAGAAACCAAAGAAGCCAAAAAUCAUUGAGGAGGUACCUGAGGAGACUGUGACACUUAAAAAGCCUGAGGAACAACCGGAAGAACGUCCUGAGGGAGUUACUGAGGAUGUCACUAUGAUAUUAGAAGAAAAACCAAAGGAAACUCCUAAGCCUGAAGAAGCUCCUGAAGAACUGACGGUCGAAGAGAAACCUAAACCAGUUGAGAAAAAGGAAGUUGUAGAAGAGGAAGCCAAGCUCACCAUCAAAAAGAAACCAAAGAAACCAAAAGUCAUUGAAGAGGCACCUGAGGAGACUGUUACAGUGAAGAAGCCCGACGAACAACCGGAGGAACGUCGUGAAGAAAUCACUGAGGAUGUCACUAUAACUUUAGAAGAAAAGCCAAAGGAAACUCCUAAGCCUGAAGAAGCUCCUGAAGAACUGACGAUUGAAGAGAAACCUAAACCAGUUGAGAAAAAGGAAGUUGUAGAAGAGGAGGCCAAGCUGACCAUCAAAAAGAAACCAAAGAAGCCAAAAAUCAUUGAAGAGGCACCUGAAGAGACUGUGACACUUAAGAAGCCCGAGGAACAACCGGAAGAACGUCCUGAGGAAGUUACUGAGGAUGUCACUAUGACAUUAGAAGAAAAACCAAAGGAAAGUCCUAAGCCUGAAGAAGCUCCUGAAGAACUGACGAUUGAAGAGAAACCUAAACCGGUUGAGAAAAAGGAAGUUGUAGAAGAGGAGGCCAAGCUUACCAUUAAAAAGAAACCAAAGAAGCCAAAAAUCAUUGAAGAGGCACCUGAAGAGACCGUGACACUUAAGAAGCCCGAGGAACAACCGGAAGAACGUCCUGAGGAAGUUACUGAGGAUGUCACUAUGACAUUAGAAGAAAAACCAAAGGAAAGUCCUAAGCCUGAAGAAGCUCCUGAAGAACUGACGAUUGAAGAGAAACCUAAACCGGUUGAGAAAAAGGAAGUUGUAGAAGAGGAGGCCAAGCUUACCAUUAAAAAGAAACCAAAGAAGCCGAAAAUCAUUGAUGAGGCACCUGAGGAGACUGUGACACUUAAGAAGCCUGAGGAACAACCGGAAGAACGUCCUGAGGAAGUUACUGAGGAUGUCACUAUGACAUUAGAAGAAAAACCAAAAGAAACUCCAAUGCCUGAAGAAGCUCCUGAAGAACUGACGAUUGAAGAGAAACCUAAACCAGUUGAGAAAAAGGAAGUUGUAGAAGAGGAGGCGAAGCUGACCAUCAAAAAGAAACCAAAAAAGCCGAAAAUCAUUGAAGAGGCACCUGAGGAGAUUGUGACGCUUAAGAAGCCUGAGGAACAACCGGAAGAACGUCCUGAGGAAGUAAGUGAGGAUGUCACUAUGACAUUAGAAGAAAAACCAAAGGAAAGUCCUAAGCCUGAAGAAGCUCCUGAAGAACUGACGAUUGAAGAGAAACCUAAACCGGUUGAGAAAAAGAAAGUUGUAGAAGAGGAGGCCAAGCUUACCAUCAAAAAGAAACCAAAGAAGCCGAAAAUCAUUGAUGAGGCACCUGAGGAGACUGUGACACUUAAGAAGCCUGAGGAACAACCGGAAGAACGUCCUGAGGAAGUUACUGAGGAUGUCACUGUGACAUUACAAGAAAAACCAAAGGAAACUCCAAUGCCUGAAGAAGCUCCUGAAGAACUGACCAUCGAAGAGAAACCUAAACCAGUUGAGAAAAGGGAAUUUGUAGAAGAGGAGGCCAAGCUUACCAUCAAAAAGAAACCCAAGAAACCAAAAUUCGCUGAGGAGGCACCUGAAGAGACUGUGACACUGAAGAAGCCUGAAGAACAGCUGGAAGAACAUCCAGAAGAAAUCAGUGAGGAUGUCACUAUAACUUUAGAAGAAAAGCCAAAGGAAGCUCCAAGGCCUGAAGAAGCUCCUGAAGAACUGACGAUCGAAGAAAAACGUAAACCAGUUAAGAAAACGGAAGUUGUAGAAGAGGAGGCCAAGCUUACUAUUAAGAAGCCAAGAAAGCCAGAAAUUCAUGAUGAAUUACCGGAAGAAAUUCCAACAGUCACUUUAAGAAAAAGGGUCUCAAAACCUCAAGCUCUUGAAGAUGUUAGUGAAAAGUUUAUACUACCUCUUCAAGAAGAAGCCCCCGCACCAAAACAAUAUGAUGAAGUUCAAGAAAUGUUUGAGCUGAAGGUACCUCGUAAAUUUAGCGCAAUUGAUACUGAUUUCUCCUUAAAGGCAGAAGGUGAAGAUCAAGCUCCACAAGAGGAUACACUUCACCUUGAUCUUGCUUCCAAAGAACAGGAAUGCACAGUAACAGAAGCUUCAGAUGAAUUCAAGAUUGUCCUUCAGCAGCCUCAAGAUGAAGAAGAGGAUGUUGAAAUAAUUGAGUAUGUGGCCGUCACAACUUACAUCACAGAAGAGGAGGAUGGUUUGGACCUUGAGGAAGGCGAGCAUGUUAUAUUGGUGGAACGAAAAACUGAGGAACGAUGGCUUGUGCGAAAGACUAUCACCAGAGAGAAGGGAAUAGUUCCAAAGUCCAUAUUACAAGAUGUUGCUUCUUACAAUCAGCUUCUCGACCAAGUUUUGGAAGAAAAAAUUGGCAAGCUUCCUGUAUUCGGGAAGCUACUUCCUGGAGAAAAAAUGACAGCACCCAAAUUCCUUGAGAAGGUCAAGCCAACAGAGGUUGAAAAAGGACAGCCAGCAACAUUCCAGUGCAAAGUACAAGGUAAUCCACGGCCAUAUGUGACUUGGUUCAAGCAGACACGAAUCAUAAAAUCAACAACAGAAUUCGAGAUUUAUUACGAUGAAGAAAAUGUGAGCACCCUUGUCAUUAAUGAAGUCUUCCCAGAAGAUGCAGGAACAUACACUGUGGUUGCCAAGAACCCAGCAGGCUUUGCAUCAUGCUCAGCUGACUUAACUGUGCAAGAAUUCAUCAGUGAGCAGACUAUCUCAAGACGCACCGUAUCGAGGUCAUCAUCAUUACUGGACUUAUUGGUGGAAGGAAUUCCUCCUGUUUUUUCAGCACCUUUGCGGCCUCACUUGAAGGUUGAUGAAGGGACCACGCUGACUCUUGUCAUAAAAGUCACUGGCACUCCCGAGCCGGAGGUAACCCUCAAGGUGAACGACAAACCCCUCAAUGAGAAAGACAAUAAGCGAUUCUCAGUUACGAAAACAAAAGAAGAUCACAAUUUCAUCAACGUGACAUUCGUCUUGAAAGAUGUGAAACCAGGUGAUGCUGGUACAUAUGAAGUUACAGCUGAAAACUGUGAAGGAACUGUAACCAGUCACAUUGAUGUCGAAGUGAUAGAGAAGCCCAAGGAAGAGCAAGAACCACCAAAAUUUACUCAGACUUUCAGCGACACAGUGGUUACAGAAGAAGAAACAGUAAGACUAAUUGUAAAGUACACUGGAAAACCAAACCCCACUGUCACGUGGUAUAGAGAUGAUAAGCCAAUACAUAAAGACAGCACAAAAAUUAUAAUUCAAGAGGAUGAAUCAACAUCCACCCUCGAGAUACCCAAGUCUGACGUGACUGAUACUGCAAAGUACACAUGCACUGCAUCCAACCCUGCAGGCAAAGUCACACACACUGCCAAGGUGACUGUGCAAGAACCAAACCUCACAUUUGUGGAGAAGCUUCAAGAUGUAGAGGUAAAAGAAAACCACGUGGCCAUGUUUGUGACAAAGACAAACCGGCCAGUUGAUCAUGUCACUUGGUGCAAAGAUGGAGAGCCAAUUAAACUUGACGAGCCACAAGAAAAAUACCAAGCAAUCUCUGAAGGUCCCUAUCAGAAGCUUGUGAUCAAGAACGCCAGUAUCAAAGAUGAAGGUGAAUACACAUGUGUACUAGGAGACGAGGAGACAUCAGCAGACUUAGUUGUCAUUGAGCUGCCUCCAGAGAUAACCACCUUUAUGACAGACCAAACUGUUGCAAAGGAUGACACAGCUCAGUUUUUCAUUGAACUGACCAAAGGUGAUGCAUUGGUUCGUUGGUUCAAAGAUGGGAAAGAGCUGCAGUUCAGCGACCGUGUCAGACUAAAAAUUGAUGGGAAACGCCAAGUCUUAGUCAUUAAAAAUUCUGUUCUACAAGAUGCUGGACGCUACACUUGUAAAGUUGGCGAUCAGUCAUGCAGUGCUCGCCUCACUGUUGAACCCCCAUCUGUUGAGUUCACUGCAAGGCUACCGGAGAAAACAACUGUGCCUCAAGAUACAGAUGCCGUUUUUGAGGUGGCAUUGUCACAAGCAGAUGUUGACGUUGUCUGGAUGAAGAAUGGAAAGCCCAUUCCAAUGGACCAACGUUUCAAAUUUGUUAAAGAGGAGAAGGUCAGGCGACUUGUGGUACCUUGUGUUGACAAAGAUGACACUGCUGAAUACACAUGCGUGGCUGGAAAUGUCAAGACUUCUACAAUACUUCAUGUUGAAGAUGCUGAUGCCGAAUUCACACUACGACUGCACGACGUGAUUGUCCGUGAAAGCGAUACUGUUACACUACUCGUUGAAGUGUCACGAGAGACACUUGAAGUCCGGUGGAUGAAGGACGGUGACUUAAUCCAACCAUCUGAAAAGGUCGUCGUUACAACAGAAGGGAAAAGUAGGAAGUUAAUAAUACGUGAGAGCUCAAUGGAUGAUCAAGGUGUCUACUCUUGUGUUCUGAAGGAUAAGAAGUGUUCAUCCUCUGUCCUUGUUCAUGCACCUCCAAAGAUUACCACGGACAAGCAAGCCUUCUCAAGUAGAAAAGGAACAACAUUGAAACUACCCAUACCCUACACUGGCAUUCCACAACCAACAGCAACCUGGAAACUGAAUGGACAGCCACUAGAGCCAGUCAAAAACAAGAUCAUCCAAGAAAUUUCACCCCAAGAGGCAACACUGACAAUAAAAGAUCUGAAACCCACAGACACUGGAACUGUGACACUCACUCUCAAAAAUGCUUGUGGUGAAUGUAGCAAACCAUUUAAUGUCACAUGCAUCGAAAAGCCCAGUGCACCAGGGGUGCCUGAGCCUUCAGAUAUAUCCAGUACUGGCUCCCUUGUGCUGUCCUGGAAACCACCGCAAUCUGAUGGAGGUUCCAAGAUCACAAAUUACAUUGUCGAAUACCAUGAUCGAAACACACUUCGUUGGGCGCUUUAUUCUGACACCAUUCAGGACACCUUCACAAAAGUGGAGGGUCUGUCACCCAAUGAAGAAUACAUGUUCCGUGUCACAGCUGAGAAUGAAGCUGGAAAAGGUGAUCCUUCUCAAGGCACUAAAUAUAUACCUAUUCAGCCAAAAGCUGGGGAGCCACCAGUCAUCUUAGAGCACCUGACUGACAAGGCUGUUGGUGUGAAAAAACCAGCAGAAUUAACGUGCAGAAUAGCUGGGAAUCCUACACCUGCAGUCAAAUGGCUUAAAAAUGGCAAAGAUCUCGUCAUGAUCAGCAACUUUAGUGCUGAAUUCAAGGAUCAGAAAGCUACACUUCGUAUUAAGGAGGCGUCUACAAAGUCAGGAGGAAAAUACACAUGUAAAGCAACUAAUCCACAUGGUUCCACAGAAACAACAUGCACGCUGUCUGUCCAAGAUCCACCACGGGCAGAAUUUGAUGAAAAACUUCGGAAUGUCCGCAUCAAUAAGCAAGAGGCAUUCAAGGUUCCCUGCACCAUUCAUGGAUUUCCAAAGCCUACCGUCACAUGGUUACGCGACGGGGCACCCAUUCAAUCAACCAAGCAUACGCUCAUAACAGACAAGGAUGAUACUUCGACCAUUACGAUACAUAGUACAGAGGGUCCAGAUUCUGGUGUUUAUACACUUGAACUAAAAAAUACAGCUGGGAGCAUCAGCUAUGAUUUCAAGCUCAGAGUGCUUGACAAGCCAGGUCCACCUGAAGCACCCAUUCAAUUCCUGGAAACUGCCGGAGACCAUAUCACAUUGUCAUGGCAGCCACCCCUGGAUGAUGGAGGGUCACCGCUUACAAAGUACAUUGUUGAACGCUGCGAGACUACAAGAACAGUCUUUGUUGAGGUUGGAACAACACAGCCAGACACCACCACCCUCAGAGAUCCUGAUGUGAAUGAAGCGAGCGAGUACCUUUACAGGAUCUCAGCUGUCAAUGAAUAUGGCAUUAGCGUACCACUCACUUCUGAUCCUGUACUGGCCCGCUGUCCAUAUGAUAAGCCAUCUGCACCAGAAGGGCCACUGAAGACUGCAAAGAUGACGGACAAUUCAUUGGUAUUGACAUGGCAGGAGCCACUGUCUGAUGGUGGACGCCCUAUAAUUGAAUAUACAGUUGAAAAACGUGAGGCCUCUAAGAAGGCCUGGAUUAAAGUUGGGACAACAGAGAGUUUGUCCAUGGAAGUUUCGAACCUCAAAUCAGACAAUGCGUAUAUCUUCCGAGUGACAUGUCGCAAUGAAAUUGGCAGCAGUCCACCACUUACAAGUGACGAGCCAAUAACAGUACAUGCCCAAAUACAACCUCCAGAUGCACCCACUGGCCCCUUACACAUCUCUGAUGUAACGAACAAAACUGCAACACUCACAUGGAGUCCACCUGCAUUUGACGGAGGCUCUCCAGUCAUCGCCUAUGUUGUGGAGCACCUCAGUGAGGACCAGGCAACUGCUGACAUGCCUAAGUGGGUGACAGUUGCCAAUGUGGAUGGAGGAACGAUGACACAUCGUGUUGUGAGCUUGAGUGACAAAACGAGGCAUCGAUUCCGAGUUCGUGCAGAAAAUGUUGCUGGUACUGGGCCACCCCUAGAGGACAGUGGUGAAUGGCAGGCACUACCAGCAGCAGCCGACCGCCCAACUCCACCCACAGCACCACUUGAGAUCCUGGUAACUGGUCCAAACUCUAUGGAUGUUUCAUGGGGACGCCCAGAAUGGGAUGGUGGGUCUCCGCUCCUCGGCUACACUGCAGCACUCAGGGACACAUCACGGACAAUGUGGAUGGAGGUGGGCCAAGUCGAUGCUGAAACUCUGCGUCUUCACAUCAGAGACCUCGAGGAAGGGGCGCAGUACCACGUACGCAUCUUGGCUCGAAACGAUGUUGGCUUCUCUGACCCACUUGAAUCGGAAGAGCCCAUAACUAUUUUACGACCCCCAGGAUUUCAAGAUCAAGCUGCUGCCUCACCAGAGAAGAAGCCAAAGGCGAAACCUGAUGAGCCAUCUGAGGACAGCUGCACAACCCAGACAACUUCAUCGUGGAUAAGAGAAGCCAAUGUUGAGCCCUUGCUUCACAGUUACACCAAACAUGUGUUGGUCAGCCGCAACGAGUAUUUCUUCAGGUUGUGGCAUUAUGCUGACACACUUUUUAAGUAAGAUAAGAACAUUACUUAUUCCUUCAGUCCAUACACCCUGCACCUUUUCAUUCACAUAUGUGCUCCUUAAUUUCAAAACACAGAAGUAAUUUGGGUAAGAACACGAAAGUUAUGUAAAAAUAUAUUGAAAACCUCAAUGCAGUAAAAGAUGAGUCAAAACCAAUGUUUACUUUAAUACUGUGACACAUCAUUGCUGUGACGUAACCAAGGUGCACCACAUAUCAUACAUUCUCCUCGCAAGCUUGUAUAUUUUCUUAAGUGGAGACAUUUUUGUACCAUAUGAAGAGAGAAAAUAACAUAAUGAGUCAUUUUGUGAUACAAAGACUGCAAACAGCUCAUGACAGCAGUUUGCAGAAUGGCGUAAAUAAGCAGUGUAUCCUUGCCUGUUUCAAUGAAUUCAAGAUGUAAGGAACGCUGAUUUAUUUGUUUUGGUAACAUCCAUAUAAAGUUGAAACUGGUACAAAGCUACGGUAAUCCUCACGGGCUGAAAAUUAGCCCGACUGUAAUUUUGUGUCAAUUUCACCUUCACGGUCUUUUAUUGUGACAGUGCAAGACUGUUUGUUAGUUUAAUUUUGUUGUUUGUGAAUAAAAGCUGUGUUGUUACCGAA